GCCAGUUUCAGAUUGCUACAGUCGCGCUCGCGUCCACGCUAUUUCCUGCUGCCGCUGGGGGGGUGGAAAGAUUCCUGCGCUCUGGCUCGCCGUCUCUCCCCCCCCCCCCAGAUUCUUGCGUGGGGGGCCCCCGGAUUCCUGAUCCCCUUAAACAAAAAUAAAUCCUGCUUGCGGGGGAAACGACGGACCGAGCCUCUGAGCUGCGCCUCCACAUCAGAAGGACUGCAUUUAGGAUCUCUUCGUCUCCUAUUUCCUUCUCCCCCCAUCUGGGCAUGGUGCGCUGGGGAGGGGGGUGAAGGGGCUUUUCCUCAGCGCUGCUGACCCCCUCCGCCCCCCCAUCCCUACCCCGAGAGGGGUUUUACCGGCGCCGGAAAGCCUCCUUCCGAGGGGAGGGGGGGCGGUGCGCGAGGGAAGGGAUCCCUGGAUCGCAUUGCAUUGCGGCUGUUGCUCCUAGGAGGAAGGGGGAAAAAAGGCUUUGCUCCUUUUCGUCCAGCCUUUGCCCACUCCUUCCCCCUCCCCCUUCCCCAUUUCCUCUGCGCUCUUUUUUUUCCUUUUCAUUUUAAUCAUCUGUUCGAUUUCGCCUCGGAAGGAAAAGGAAGAUAUAUAUAUGAAUGACUAUGCUGCCUUGAGGACUCGGAUGCUGGCGGCCUCUUUUUAAAAGGGGGAAAAAAUCGGGAGGCGGGGAAAAUCACCUUGCAGAGGAUCUUCGAAGAAAACAGCUGCCCCUUCUGCCUCGUUUCCCCCUCGACCCUGCCGCCGCAGCAUCACUCACGCUGGAGCAUUAUGGAGCUGGAGAAUAUUGUGGCCAACACAGUCUUGCUCAAAGCCAGAGAAGGUAAGAGAUGGGGGGGGGCGUGUGGUACAGGCGUGGGUCUUUUUCCUGGGCGAGCGGGGGCUCGUCUCCCCUCCCCUCUUCCCUCUCUCUUCCCCCAACCCAGAACUGGCAUAAUGGUUUUAGCAGAAAGAAAGUUGGGCUCUUGUCUCCGGCCGUUCCUGUGUGGCGAUGGGGGUUUCCUCGGUUUCCCCGGAGCGCCCAAAGAAAGCGUGUGCGCCCGUGGGUGUAACUUUGUGCCCGUGCAGGUAGGUCGUGCCCAGAGGUGAGAACUGGUCCAAUGGCACCCGGUGGAGCUGGAGGGAUUUGAACUCAGGCCUAGGCCAACAAGUGGAAGGAGGGGGGGGAAGCCCAGGGGGCAUCUGCAGAGAGCAGGUCCGGAAUGGUGGACCAGCAAGAAUUAUUUUGCUUCCCAAAUGAAAACGGCCAGAAAAAGGAGCCACUGCCUUCUUUGUGGAAGUGAGAUCUUAAAUUAGCAGUAUGACCCUAAGCAUACUUCUUUAGAUUAGAAGCAGGCUUCCUGGAGUUCAGUGGGGCUUAUUCCCAAUAAGUGUGUGCAGAAUCAUAGCCUCAGUGCUGUGACCAUUAUGGUAAUUUAGCAGCCUUUAAAAAUGGGGGUGGACUCUGUUUUAUAUUCCAGUCCGUCCCCCCCAAUUAGGGUUUUUUUUAAUUAAUGGGGGUAGACAAAAUUUUGAAUUUACCCAAGGGUUCAAAUCCCACUGCAGCCAAGGACCUGUGUGUAUGCCUUAGGCUAAUGUGCAGUCUUUUAGCCUCUGUACUCCCAUCUGUAAAAUGGGACUAUUAAUCAUAGUCUAUCUUCUUAUAAUGCUUUGCAAGGAUGGGCAAAGUAAAGACUUUGGACACUGAAAGCAUACAUCAUCAUAAUCAUCAUCAUCAUCAUCACUUCUACUACUACUACUACUACAAGAUGCUUUGGACAUACAUUAUCAUUGUCAUCGUCAUCAUCAUCAUCAUCAUCGGUGCCCUUACUGGGCACCUUUUGCAAAUGAGAGCAAUAAAGUGCAUCUCACUUUGGGGCCCACAUAGCACACUGCACCAAUUCCUGGAUCAGUUAUAGAGCAUCUGUCCUGCAUGCAGAAGGUCUCAGGUUCAAGCAAUUGCUGCCAUCUCCAGGUGGGAGGGAACCCUGCCAGAAGGCAUGGAGAGUCACUGCCAGCCAGUGUAGAUAAUACUGAGCCAGGUGGAUCAAUGGUCUGACUCAGUAUCCAUCAGCUUCCUAUGUUCAUGCAUACUGCCAGGGUUUAAAUGACAUUGGGUAUAGGCAGGGCACGUGCUUUACACAGAUGAGGUGUGUUUCCGAUGCUUCAAAUUGGUGCUGAUGAAUGCAAUGAAAAUGAAUUCUAAAUUUCUCAGAUAAAUUGUGUCUAACACAGUAAAUACUGUGUAUAUCUCUCUCUCUGUAUUUUUGGCCGUUUGGUGGUUAGGGAUGGAGAUUUCACAUAGCUCUGCAGGUCAGAACUAUGCUGCCACUUACCGGUAUAUGAGUGAGCUAAAUACUACCAUGGCAAUUAGAAAGCUUUACCUGAUGCUCACAGCUCUGUCUAAAAUCUUGGCAUAUUGAGAGAGAGAGAGAGAGAGUGUGUGUAACCUUUGCCGAGCCCUUUGAUUAUUCCAAGAUAAAGGAGAAAACCUAAAUCACAGGGAAACAGGUGCUGCAAGCUUUAUCUUUACCUCCUCAACAUUGGUAUUUAUCUUCACCAAGAUGCAGCAACACCAGCAUGUUGAUUUGAUCCGAGUAGCCCUACUUCAGCAAACUUGCUGCAUUGGCCAUGUUGAUAUGUGUGGCGGGUCUGUCGGGAUUGUUCUUUUUCGGGAUGCUCAGGGCAAAUUCAGAGGAAGCCCACUCCUCUGGUACAAUGAGAACAUUUUCUUGACCAUUGGAAUGAAUGGGGCAUAUGAUGCAAAUGUAACUCAUUACUGAAAUAAUGGUUGUCCCUACAUAACCUUUACAAAACAGAAUAUAAAGCAGUUCCAGAAUUCCUAAAGGUUUUGUAAUUGGGCUUCAGGCCUCUUAGAGUGACUAAUUUUGUUGGGACUCAGAGCCAUAAGUUCUGUCUGGUUAUAGUGUUUCUGAAACAAGGAACACAUUUUUUUCCAGGUUUGAAGGGCACUUUUCCUGGAAAGCCAAAAUUUAAUCCAGGUGGGAAGCAUGUUGGCAGCAUAUGGAGCGAUUGGAAGUGGUAGCCUCUCCCAUGGGGUCCUGCCCUGAGUUAGAUAUACGAACAGGGAAUGACGGAAGCUGACUUGCGCCAAGCCAGGCCACUGAGCCAUCCAGUCCCGUAUUGUCUAUGUUGCCCCGCGGCACACUUUCGCCCUCCAGAUGUUGUUAGACUACAACUCCCAUCUUCUCUGACCCUUGAUCAUUCUGGCUGAGACUGAUGGGAGUUGAGGUUCAAAACCAGGAGGCCACAGUUAUCUCCCCCUUGUCCACAGUGACUGGCAGCAAGUCUCCAGUGUUUCAGACAGAUUUUUCUCAGGCCUGUCUGGAGGCACCAGGGAUUGAACCUGGGACCUUCUGCCUGCAAGGCAGAUGUUCUACCACUGAGCUAUGGACCUAUCCUUAUUUGUUCUACACAAAUUAGAGGUUUCAAAGGACUGUGGGUAAGGCUGUUCCAUGCCCGCCCAUUUGGCAAAUGGGCGAUAUUGUUUCAAGAAUGUUUCAUGCGCAACACAUUUCCUAUGCAGCUGUCACUUCCAUGGAGGAAAUUGCUGUAGCUAAUGUGGCUGAUUCUCUGAAUAUGCAAACAGUGGGAAACCUUGGCCAGCAAAGAUCACACAAUAGGUACACAUUGUAAAAUGGAUGUGUGUGUGAGAGAGAGACAUGCAGCAGGUGCAGUUUCAUCCCCUGAAGUGAUACAACCAGGCCCAACCUUCCCAACCAUUUUAGCCAGUGUGGUGUAGUGGUUAAGAGCGGUAGUCUCGUAAUCUGGGAAACCGGGUUCGCUUCCCUGUUCCUCCACAUGCAGCUGCUGGGUGACCUUGGGCUAGUCACACUUCUUUGCAGUCUCUCAGCCCCACUCACCUCACAGAGUGUUUGUUGUGGGGGAGGAAGGGAAAGGAGAAUGUUAGCCGCUUUGAGACUCCUGAAGGGGAGUGAAAGGCGGGAUAUCAAAUCCAAACUCUUCUUCUUCUUCUUCUUCUAGCCAGUCUUAGAAAGGAGCGGGCUAAAUUGUGGUUGCAAGAAAGCAGCCAAGUCUUCUUCUCAACCACCUUUGGAGGGAGAAGUGGUGUAGUUGGGAGGUUAUCAAAGACCUGUAAGAAAGCUGCAAGGACUGUAGCUCAGAGGUAGAGCAACUGCCUUAUAUGCAGAAAGUCCUAAAUUCAAUCCUGUACAUUGCCAGGUAGGGCUGCUGCCAACCUGUGUAGAUAAUUCUGAGGUACAUGAACCAAUGGGACAAGGCAGCUUCUAUCUUCCUACACAAGAGUGUGUCCUGAAAGGGAAUGGGUCUAUGUGCCGACAUGCUAGAGGCUGCCACUGGCUAACACUUGUGUUGCCUUGCAAAUAGGAGGAUUGGAUUCCACUCUGUCCAAACCUGCAUUUAAAUCUAGUCUUAAGAAAGCCAUUGUGGCAGAGGGAAUAGUGCUGGAUUCAGAAGGUUGACUGCAUGAUACUGGGCCAAUCUCCAUCUCUCAGCCAAGCCCCACUUAGGGGGGGUGGGGGGUUGUGAGGAUAACGUGGAGCAGGACACCCAGCCAAGUCUGCUUUCUUAGUUCCUCGAUAACUAUCCCAAGGAUGCACUGAAAUGAAUGUGCUUAGCUGUCUCCUUGGUGAUGGAAAGCUACAAACACAUCGGCUGUAGGAUUGAGCUUUCUGCUCAGUGAGAAUAGCCUCCACCCCCAUCUUUUGAAAACUGUAUGUUUCCCCCCCUCUCUGUUUAUUUAAAAUGAAUACACCAUGUAUGCCUGCAGCUGCAAACAGAAUUUUGAAUAGGAAAGUUUUUUUCUUGAGGUAUUUAGUGAAUAGUUCUGCGCAAAAGAGUUGCUGUCAUUAGGGCCUGGAAGGAAUUUGCCUCCUGAGCUGGCCAGCUUUUAGCUGUGCCUUAGCUGUUUCCUCACUGCCCAACUUGUUCUAUACAUUUAGAGCACUAUUAUACCACUUUAACAGUCCUGGCUUCCCCCAAAGAGAAGUAUAGUUUGUUAAGGGUGCUGCAAGUUGUUAGGACACCCCAGUUUCCCUCACAGUUCUCACAGUAGUUUAUCAGUCCCUCUUCCCAGGGACUUCUGGGAAUUGUCACUCUGCUAGUAUGACCUCCUUAGCACCUAUUGGCAUGUUUCUUUUAACUAAAGCAAAUGGUUAAAUUUCCAUUGGAACACAGAUCUAAAGACAUGGAGAGGCUGCUACAGGGACAGACAUUCCUCAAGGAAUUAGGUUACACCAGGGCUAACCCAUAUGGGGUGGGUCUUUCGUUUCUGGACCACAUGGUCCCUGACCAUUGACCCUACUUGCUGGCAAUGAUGAGAAUUGAGAGCCCAAAUCAUAUGGAGGGCAGAAAGUUAGAUACCCCUGGUUUUAAAUAAGUGUGUGUGUGUAUGUGUGUGUGUGUGUGUGUGUGUGUGUGCGCGCGCGCGCGCGCGCAACCCAGCCACUUCUUGCUAUAUCCACAGCCUUAAGCAGCAGAGUGGAACUUCGGUUUUCGAAUGUAAUCCGUUCCAGAAGACCGUUCAGCUUCCGAAAAGUUCAAAAACCAAGGAUCAAAGGGCUGGCUGCAAAGUCAGUGGGGGAAGAAUGAAAAUCAUUCAAAAAUGGAAGCAUUCACUUCCGGGUUGUCGGUGUUCGGGUUCCGGAUUGUUCGGCUUCUGAAGCGUUCGACGACCGAGGUUUCCACUGCUGGAAACGAACAGCAGUAAAGCAAAACAGUGUAAUUUCCUCUUAGGAGUCAUCAGUUUUGGACAACAAAUUGUGUAGGUUCUUGUCCCUUAUGCCAGGCUCUUUAUAGCAAGGUCUACCCCAGCCUUUUCAAGGUUUGUAGGGACAUGUGCAGGUGUAAGUUAACACAAGUUUCCAGGUAUGUUCACACUUCCCUUUCCACAGGCCAGUAAUUUUUCAAUGGUGGCUCCCCUUGUGUGGAAUGCUGUCACCAGAGAGGCUUGGCUGAUACCACUGUUACUUGUCUUUAGGCACCAGUCCAAAACAUGCCUCUUUACCCAGCCCUUUGGCUAUUAAAUAAUCUAUGGCCUGGUAAAUCUGAACUGUUGGUAUGGUUAUUUUAUUAUUAUGUUAUGUAGUAUGGUUUUUUAUUAUUAUGCUGUGUAAAUUACGUUCUUAAUGUUGUACGCUGCCCUGGGCUCUCUGGAUAAAGGGCGGUAUAUAAAUCAAUAAAUAAUAGUCCCAAGUUGGGUUCAGCAGCAAAGUCCUGUCCUUGCAGGAAUCCAGGUGUGACUGUUCUGCUUCACUUGGUGCCCCCCCCCCCCAUGGCAAAAGGAAAGGGAGCAGCUGCCCCACAUUGAAUAAAGUUGAAACUGGUUGGCAGUAGCUUGUGGACAACCGAAGGAAGUACUUAUUUGCCACGACACAAUGUUGAUUGUCAAAGCAAUUCACAUUUCUUCUAGAUGUGGCGAUAGAUUGUCAGAGCUGAAUAUGAAUAUAUACAGGGGUACCUCGGGUUACAUAUGCUUCAGGUUACAGACGCUUCAUGUUACAGACUCCGCUAACCCAGAAAUAGUACCUCGGGUUAAGAACUUUGCUUCAGGAUGAGAACAGAAAUUGUGCUCCGGCAGCAGCGGGAGGCCCCAUUAGCUAAAGUGGUGCUUCAGGUUAAGAACAGUUUCAGGUUAAGUGGUGAGAACGCUGCUGCGCUUGGGUCCUGCUUCCCAGCUUCCCACAAGCAACGGGUUGGUCACUGGGAGAACAAGAUCCUGAGCUAGGUGGGCCAUGGGCCUGAUCCUGCAGGCUCUUCUUGUGUUACUGGGUUAAUAGUCUGCCCUGGUGUAAAGGCUUUUCCUAUGUUCCUUAAGUCUGGUCUGCUGAACUGAUUCCAAAUGAAACCUGGAAGUUUUUCACCUUUGUUUUAUUCUGUGGCUGUCUUCCCACCAAUAUUCACUCUUCUUCCCCCCACCCCCCCUCCCCCCCCCUCCUAGCCCCCUGGUGUUAGCAGUGGGAUGCGACCCCUCACUGUGCUAAGCGAGGGUUUUACUCUGUUGAAGCUGACUCAGAUAAGGAUUGAAAAAGACCUGCACUCUCCAAUGCCCUAGAUGUAAUUCCGUUAAUUAAUUUGCGUUGCCAUUUUAUUCAUAGUAGUGAGUUAUAUUCUUCCCAGAGGAGCACUCUCAGCUCUGCUCCCUUGGUGGCCUGCAAAUAUCUGUACAGAGCAGCAUAACUGGAGUGAGGAUUUCUGGGGUUUGCUUUUACCUUUUUUUAGGGUGGGAGAGGAAGGCAUCAGGAGAUCACCGUGCAGCGAAAUACAACAACUCUUUUAUUGAGCAUCUCAUACAUAUCAAUAGCUGUCUGUGUGGCAUACAUACACCUUUCCCUAUAAUGGGGAGUUUUUAGAUUGUGAUGGUGUCAAACAGGGGUAGGGAACCUUUUUCAGCCUGAGGGGCACAUUGCUUCCUAGGUGACCUUCUGAGGGACACAGGCCCAUGGUGGGUGCGGCCAGGAGCAAAAGGGGGUGGAGCAACUAGUUAAUUUACCUCUCCCCUCCAUUUUCUCUGUCUAGGCAAGCAAGAACCAUUAUAAGAGUUCAGAGAAGCAUUCUGGCCAGGAAAAACAGUCACAGGAGAGAGUUGGUGAGGGUUAUGGCCUGGGGAGAAGGGCUGUGGCAGGGAAGAGGCCCGAGGGCCACGUAGAGAGACCUGGAGGGCCGCGUUCGGCCCCUGGGCUGGAGUUCCCCCUUCACUGGUGUGAAACACACACAUGUAACUGUGCUUAUUUUAUGCCGUAGUGAACCUGCUUCUUCGACGCCAUGCUUAGAAAGGUUGGCACUUACUCGCAGCCAUCCAUGGGCAUGAGAGCAGGUGGAAUGGGAUAGAAAGGUAAAUUUUUGCACACACACACCUGUGGGCCUGUGUCCUCAGUGGGGGCUGGUUUUGCCCACCCCUAGGUACGCCUUUGAGCUCAGAUCUCUUGAAACCGGCAGCUGCAAACAGAUGAGCUUUGAGACACAGCUGUGUAGCUGGAAGUUCUGGCUUGACUCUCACAUGUGCAGCAAAGUUACUAGGUAGCUUCAGGAAAGCCACUCUUUUUAUAAUAUGCAGACAAUAAUACCUGCCUACCUUUCAUGGUGCAUGUAAGGGAUGUGGAGAAUGAUGCUUGAGUGCUUUGAACACUCUAAUGCAGCCUUUCUCAACCUGUGGGUCCCCAGAUGUUGUUGAUCUACAACUCCCGUCGCCCCUUGUUAGCAAGGCCAGAGCUCAGGGAUGAUGGGAGUUGUAGUCCAACAACAUCUGGGGACCCACAGACUGAGGCUGAUGGAAGCUGGAGUCCAACAAGGUUUUGAGGGUCUUAAGUUCUCCACCACUGGUAAAAAACCCUUUGAUAUACAGUACUCUGUGUUACCUGAUUUAGGAAGCCUUUUGUCUAAAUCCUUGGAAAGGGGCUGCUAGACAAAGGAAAAAGUCCUGGUCUUGAUUACAGCUCGGAUGUGGUGUUCACGGGUGCCAACUUGAAUUGCGGGCCAGAUAAACCCCAUAACUGAUCACAAAAUGCAGUGCAAACACACCAUUUGAAAGGCAGUGCCCAUCAACUGGGGGGCCCUGCACCCCUCAAAUAUUUUAAUGUGGGGCUAAAGGGACCUUGGCGCAUAGGAGUUGGCUCCUGUUGCAAUGAUUGUGCAUAAGGCAGUUGGGGAAGAGCCAUAGUUCAAUGGUUAGAGCAUCUGCUUUCCAUAUAGGUCCUGGGUUCAGCCCCCAGCAUCUCUAGGUAGGGCUGGGCGAUACCUCAGUCUGAAACCCUGGAAAGUUGCCUGCCAGUCAGUGUAGACAAUACUGAGUUAGACAGUCCAAUGGUCUGACUUGGUGUAAGGCAGCUUCCUAUGUUCCUAUGCACAAUUCACCUCAGUAUAUGCUGUUUGGUUUCUUGGCUGGAGAAUUGCACUGCAAAGUUUGGAGAAGUGUGAAUUUUGAAGGCUGGCUGUGUUUCGGUUUGUGUAUUGCUUUGGAAAGUGGGAGAUACGUAGGUUUGCCUUUAAAUUUCUGCCCCAGCUGCGGUCUGUAGACCAGCCCUGAAACUCCUCAAGAUGGUGCUCUGCCUGUGUCCCAGGGUGCUGUUCCUGCCGGCAUUUCAUAGGAUGGUACUGCCAGCUGUCCUCUCUCUGUUCUAGCUCAAAGUCCAUAUUGAGCCUCCCGUUUUCCAUCUGCUUUUGGAUAGACGGCCCAAGAGGAAGUAUCAUCCUUCAGAACACAUAAACAGAUAAAAACCCUCUCUAUUUUCCCUGCUUUAAAGACUAAAGACUAAAGGCUGCAUGUCAUGUGAAUAGUCCUAGAGACAGAGUCAUGUAUACCUUGUAACUUCUAUUUUGUUUUUCUUAUUGCAUUGAAAUCCUGCCUUUUCUCCAUGGAUUCUCACAGCGCCGUGUGUGGUUCUUUCCCCUUCACAACAACCAUCUGAGGUUGGUUAGGUUCAGAAAUAGUGACUGGCCUAGUGAGUUUUAUAACUAAGUAAAGGUGGGUUUUUUGUGUGCAGUUGGACACAAAAACACAGAGUUCGGUGGGAAAUGUGCCGUUGGAAAGCUGUCAAUGUGCAAUUUGAAAAAUGGGAAAUUUGACACAUUAGGCAUAUGUGUUUAUUAAGCAUUUUAAUGGCAGGCAAUGGCAGGGACAGCAGGUACACAGAUUAUAUAAGGGAAGAAUGCGCCUAGUUUCCAUGCAUAAAGCGAAUUGCCCAAACCAUAAUAACCACAUUUUAUUUAGGGCUGGAACCUCUUCUUCACCUUCAUCUUCAGGCAGUAAUGCUCUGUCAGGACACCUGUAAAUACCCUUAUAGUGCUCAAUUCUUUUGCACCUGUUAGUUACUGAACUAAAGCAGGUUCAUAAAUGAAUCAUCGCUGUAUUGCAGAUAUUAGAUAAGACCGAGUCCUAUGGGGAAACCACCACUGAUGCAGGCUAGAAACAAAGUUAGCAAAGCACACUUUGUUAGUAUUAGUGUAGGGGUCUGGUGGGGAAUUUCUGCUUGGUGGGGGUUUGAACCCUGGUUUCUCAGGUUCUCUUCCACCACUCUAAUUGCUAUAUUACGCUGGCAUGAGAAUGACUGCCAUCGUUUCUUUUCCUGCAUCCCUCUUUUCUGGCUUGCCCAAGUAUUGGUGAAUCAAUCUGUUUGUUUACCUAGAAUUUGAAAAGCUCCCUGGCAAAAUUGCAGUAGAGUUCAAGCUAGUACAUCCCUGUCCCAUUCUGUCAAGUUGCUUCCAGACCUUUUGAUCAAUUCGCUCACCUAGUUUCUGUUUAUAUCCUGCCCUCUCCGGAGGGCUUUGGCCGGAUACUGUAUUGAGAUGCAUAGAAUACAAGUAAGAUAGCUAAUGACCUUAAAAUGCCAGUGUCUGCUUAAUGCAAACUGGCAAACGUUCUAGCCUGGACUGGCAUUUAACAGGUUUCCACCUCGCUCCACGUAGCCCUGAAAACUGUUCAGCUUUGAACGUUUACGAUCUUUAUUAACUUUUAUUAUAAGAAACAAAUCAUAUUUGUACAGCAUAAACACAUUGGAACCCCAGGCCUGUCCAUCAGGCGCUCAGUACUGCCCCCCCCCCGCAAUGCUGAGCCCUAGGACAUGUCCCUAAACAGCCAAGCUGCAAUCCCUCUUUUUUUUCUUUUUAAUGGAUUUUAUUAGAUUUUCAAAUUAUGCAUUUCAAAAUAAACAUUCUGCACAAUGCCAUAUAUCCAUUGACUUCCCUUCUUCUCCUUUCAUGGGUCAUUUUACUUAUCUAUCAUUCCUACAUGUUUUACUGUAACAAUUUUAGUCAGUUCUCCAAUUUACAUCUUUCAGUUGUUAAUCAUGCUGUUCAAUUUAUCAUAGUGCUGCCACCAUUUUCAGUUGUGCACACUUAUUUUCUAAAUAAUCAGCAAAGGUUUUCCACUCCUCUUUAGAUAAGAAUUCUUGUUCUUGUAAUCUAUAAAUUAAACCUGCUAAUUCUGCAAAUUCUGUAAUCUUAAAUUGCCAAUCUUCUUUACUUGGGACUUCCCUCACUUUCCAUCUUUGGGCUAGCAAAACUUGGGCUGCUGCUGUUGUGUACGUAAAUAGAUUUCUGUGACAUCUGGGAACUUCAGUUCGAACUAUUCCUAACAAGAAGGCUUCAGGUCUGUUUGGGAAAGUUUUUUUGAACAUUCUUUUCAACUCCUUAUUAAUCAUCUCCCAAUAUUCCUUCACUUUGUUACAUGUCCACCACAUAUGAAAAAAGGUUCCUUCCAUUUCUUUACAUUUCCAACACAUAUCUGAUUCUGCUUUAUACAUCUUGCCCAACCUACUUGGGGUUAAAUGCCAUCUAUGAAUCAUUUUCAUAUAAUUCUCUUUCAGUGUAUAACAUGCAGCGAAUUUUAAAUCAUUCUUCCAAAGUUUCUCCCAGAGGUUUAAAUCUAUGUUAUGCCCUGUAUCCAUUGCCUAGUGUGUCAUAGAAACUUUAACUAGCUCGUCUUUUGUUUCCCAUUCUAGUAAUAGGUUAUACAUUUUAUACAAUAUUCUAUCCUUAUUCCAUAAUAACUCUCUUUCAAAUUGUGAGCUUUGGUCCAUAAAUCCUUUUCCCCCCCCCUCUUUUAAACAAAUCAUAUAAUUGAUGGUACUGUAACCAAUCUGUAACUUGGCUCCUUCUUCCAUUGGUUUCAACCUGGGUUCACUAUCGUAAAUUCCAAUAAAUCUCUAUAUGUCAACCAUUUCCUAUCCAUAUUAAUUCUCUUAAUUUUGAUUGCCUCGAUGGGGGAAUAACCAUAAAGGUGUUUUCCUUUCCAACAAAUUUUUGUAUUUCUCUCAGACUCUAUUCAGAUUUCUCCUAAUAAUGUGAUUCAUAAAGCUUUUAUAAUUUUUUGCUUUCCCAUAUCAAAGGCAUGCAUGACAGCCAGAACUUUAAGUUAUGGCCUUCUAAAUCUAAAAUAUAUGUGUUUUCCAAUACAAUCCAUUGCUUUAGCUGGCAUAAACAAGCAGCCUCACAGUACAAUUGUAAGUCUGGCAGGGCAAAGCCUCCUUUUUCUUUUGUAUCAAUCAAAAUUUUAUGUUUAACUUGCAGCUUUCCCCCCUGCCAGACAAAUUUAUAGAUAUCUAUUUUCCAUUCUUUGAGGCAACUUAAGUUGUUGACAAAAAGGGACGUGGGUGGCGCUGUGGGUUAAACCACAGAGCCUAGGACUUGCUGAUCAGAAGGUCGGCGGUUCAAAUCCCCAUGACGGGGUGAGCUCCCGCUGCUCGGUCCCUGCUCCUGUCCACCUAGCAGUUCAAAAGCACGUCAAAGUGCAAGUAGAUAAAUAGGUACCGCUCUGGUGGGAAGGAAAACGGCGUUUCCGUGCGCUGCUCUGGUUCGCCAGAAGCGGCUUAGUCAUGCUGGCCACGUGACCCGGAAGCUGUACACCGGCUCCCUCGGCCAAUAAAGCGAGAUGAGCGCCGCAACCCCAGAGUCGGUCACGACUGAACCUAAUGGUCAGGGGUCCCUUUACCUUUAUCUAAGUUGUUGACAAUCAGGAUUGAUUAGAAUAAAAAUAACAUAUUAGGUAAUACAUUCAUUUUAAAUUCUGAGAUUCUACCCACUAGGGAAAGCUUCAUCCUUCCCCAUAUUUCCAUCUCCUUCUUUAUCUCUUUCCACAGUUUAGUAUAGUUAUCUUGAAAUAGAUCUGCAACCCCUCUUUUGCCUGGCUGUCAUGUGUCCUUUAACUGUGUUGGGGAACUGUGAUGCUUGCCUUAAUGGAAGCAAGGUGUGAGGGUAGAAAUUUGGGACAUUUGUGCAGAUUGAAUGCAGCCUACGGCCCAAAGGAUUAUGGUAUGUGGCCCUCCAGGGAUUGCCCGCCAGGGAAUGCAGUCCUGGGGUGGAAAGAGGUUCUCCAUCCCUGUUCCACAAGCGCGAGAAAGGCCUCUGUCCCAGUUUAGUGCAUGGACUGAAUGCUCACAAAGUUGGCUGCUCUAGCUGAAAGGAGCUCCAGGUUUAGAGGUCAGCUGCUGGAGAGCAGCCUGCGUCUGCAUAGGUCUGCUUUCACGCUCUGUGCAGGGAGCUUCCUAGAAAGCAUCUGGCUGCCACAGAGGGCAACAGGCUGCUGGACAAGCUCAACCUUUGGUCUGAGCCAGCAGAGCUCUUCGUUUGAAGCUAAGGUCUUAAACCAGGGGCUCCUAGGUGGUGGCUCCCCAAAUGUUGUUGAACUGCAUUUCCCAGGAUCCCUGACCAAUUGCCUUGCUGGCUGGGGCUGAUGGGAAUGGAGGGCAGCAACAUCUGGAGCCUCUGCCCUUGUCUUAAGCCAGGGGUGCCCAAACAACCAACCAAAGUUGUUGAGCUUUUUUUAGGACCCUGAAAUGGACUUUGGACAUGCCUGUCUUAAGCAAUGCAUUUAUGGGGAAACAGGCUCCUGGGCAGCCAUUACUCCUUGCUCUCUUACUCCGAAUGUGAGGGAGCAAUUACAUGCAAGGAGGGUUGCGUUGUUAUUUCUCACAGACAUUUGGGAACUACCUCCCUGGCACUAGAGCAGAGAUGGGGAACCUGUGGCCCUCCAGAUGUUGUUAGACCACAGUUGCCAUAAUCCUCAGCCAUUGGCCAUGGAAGCUGGAGUCCAGCAACAUCACAGGGAAGCACCACCCUGGUUUAAGCCGUUGAUUUGGUUUUCUGUUUCUCCCAGAGAAUCUGAACCUUGUGUCUCCCAGCAGCUCUGAGCAUUUGAAGAGGGCGUGAGGGUGAGCGGUGUGUGUGUGAUUCAGGGAGGAAGGGUUUGUCUCUGCAGCACUUCCUCUCUUGUGGUAGCUUUGAACGCGAGCGUGGCCCUGCGUGCACAGCUGCACUGGUAAUGCAAAGCGCAGUCAGAGAGAGCUUCACUAUCGUGAGCAGGUUUGCUGAUGUUAACCGACGGAAGAAUACUUAGGCCUUGCUGUUUCAUGUGUGGGCUUCACCUCCUUCCCCAAGUGACAGUUUUAUUUUACAUUCAACAGCCUGUCUGCUUCUAAGAUCAUCUUUGGCAGGAAGAGACGAAGCGGCUUCAAGUGUUUAUAGGCUUUGUGGAUUUCUCCCCAUUCCCUUCCUUUCCCCCCAUUAAGUAUUUAAAUGACACACAGACUGAACAGCAAGCAGAUAUUGCAGGUGGGAAUGUGUGUCGGGGCUUGGGCUAAAUGACCCUUCCAGCUCUACAGUUUUAUGAAUUGCCCUUUAUUGCUGGGAGCUCAGGAACCCUCCUCCUCUAGUCCAUGGCCCCUUUUGAACUGAGGCGUCACUACCUUAGUGGGGGAACCUUGGACCUUCCUUUUUUAAUAUAUAUUUUUAUUAGUUUUUUUAACAUAUCAUUUUCAACAAUUAUUAAACAUACUUUUAAAUCUUACACAAUUUUUUUUUACUUCCAUCAAUCACAUCUGAAAAUUUUCCAAUCUUUUCCACUUAAUUUACAUUUCUUACUUUCACUAUUACAUUUAAAUAUCAUAACGAAUGUCUCUCUUCUUUCUCUUCUUUGUAAUAUUUCAUAUAUUCCUCCUUGCAAAACUUCUUGUAGUCUACUAGUGUAAUUUCUUGAUUACAAUUGCCCUUCAAAUAGUUCGUAUAUUUCUUCCAAUCUUCUGUAAAUCUCUGGUCCCGCAGGUUUCGAAUCCUUCCUGUGAACCUUUGACCUUCCAGAUAUUGUUGAACUACAACUCCCAUUAGCCCUAGUGAGCCUGCUAGGGCUGAUGGGAGUUGUAGUUCGGCCAGAGGUUGUGCAUUCCUGCCUUACUGGGCACUCACAGCACUUUUGGAUCGGAGCAACUGAAAGCCGCCCUCUAGCAUAGUCAGCACUUGGAGAAGUGACGAUGUGAAAUGUCACCUCCCAGCUCCCAUCUGCUCCAUGGGUGUGUUCUUGGUCAUACGCAUUCUUGGCUGCUUUGCUUCUGCGUGCAAGUCAUUGCUCUAACAGGCAGUGGAACAACCAUUUGGCUCGUGGGAGUGGAGUGCAGGGGAAGCGACUGGAUCCUCUCCUGUCGCCGGUUUAUCAGCUACACUCUGGCGGGCGGGCCUGCCUGGGUGAUCUUGGCAACCGGAUGUGUUUUGCUUCACAUUUGCAACAGGGAAGGGUUGCCUGACUUGAUGCAGGAGGCAAUAAAUCCUUGGUUACUGUAGCAAGCAAUUAGCCACCACAUCACUCUGAUUGAGGCUGGAUGAACUGUACGGCUAAGGAGGCUGCAGGGCUCAAACCAAAUUGGGGCCUCGACUGUCGCGAAAUCAUGCUGUGGUUGCAUUGGCAGAUUCCUGCACGUUCCUCCGAGACUUGAACUUUAAACAUCCAUGCAGAUUGUAGCACGAAAGCCCUAGGCAGAUGGACAUCCAGUCAGGAAAACAAGGAGGUGGGGAUUGCACCCCUGGAGCAGUGCUGGCGUUUUGGUGUUUGAGGCGAAUGAAAAAAUGGCGCUCCUCCUCCCUGCUGGGCAGAAGGGGUGGGUGGAGAUCUACAUCAGGACAAGCUGGGGAAGAAAAAUUGACAUUGAGAUUGACUGCCCUGAGGGACCCUGUUGCCUGAGGUGGUUGCCUCACCUGGCCUUAUGGUUCGGCCGGGCCCAGUGCACCCUUUGAGAGAUGGACCUGAAGCAUCUGGUUAAAUGCCUCCAGUGAAGGAAAGCCCAUCCCUUCUCAAGGCAGUCUGUUCCACUGUUGAGCUGCUCUUAACUUCGGGAAGGUCGGGAAGGGGGUUCCCAGAUUGUAGUCUGUGAUCUGUGAGCUGCUGCAUGUCCACAUCAUCAUCAUUUAAUUUGUAUGCCGUCUUAUCAUAGUUAAAACAAUGCUCAAGGUGGCUUACAACAUGACAAGAUUUACAUACCGUAAUUACCAACAUAAGUCAUAAACAAUAAAUAAAACACAUCAAAAGGUACACAACCAAACAGAAAACAAUUUCCACAUAAGUCAUAAAAUCUAACACUAAAAAUACAUGAACUAUUCAUGUACUGAUUCUUAAUUAUAUUUUUAGUGCUUCUUUUAUUUCUUAUAUUGUAUUUUGAUCUGAAUUCUAUGUAAUGCAGUAAAAUACAAGAUAAGAAGGAAAAGCAGCAGAGAGCAACAAGUUUGCUUCUUCUUCUGAUUGACCGUGCACCAGAUAUUUGAAGACUGCUAUUAUGUCCUUCCCCUUAAUCUUCUUUUAUGCAAGCAAAAUAUACCCAGCUUUUUCAGACAUUCAUUUCUGGACCACAAUCAUCCUGGGCAUCCUCCUCUGGACAUGCCAGUGUAUCAAUCUCACUCUUAAAACGUGUCUUCCAAAAUCAAGCACAGUCUGCUUCAUUCAUUCAUCAUUUUAUUUGUAUGCUGUUUUUCAACAAAAGAAAUCAUGCUCCAAGCAGCUUAGAACAAAGGAAACCUGGGAGAGCUCAGUCAGUAGAGCAUGAGACUGUUAAUCGCAGGGUUGUGGGUUUGAGCCCCACGUUGGGCAAAAGAUUCCUGCAUUGCAGCGGGUUGGACUAAAUGAUCCUUGUGGUCCCUGCCAACUCUACAGUUCUUUGAUUCUGUGGAACAGAAAUGCAGCUCAAAAUCAAACCCUUUAGAACAAUUGCAGAACAGCGUAAUAAAGCAACACAAAAGCAAAUACAGCAACAACAUUUCAGUGCUAUAAAUAUAACAAGAUUGCAUUAGCAACAUCCAACAGCAAAAAAUAGCAAAGGAGUUUGACAGUUUCACCUUGUUUCUCGAAACACCUCUCCCAUGAUGUUGAUCUUUGCAACUGGGAGACACAGUAUUCCGCAUAUGCCUGCCUGUAUUUUCAUCUGAGGCCCUUCCCUUUAUCCCUCUCUGGAACGUGGCAGAUAAUUUGUGGGCAUUUUGUUGUUGUCAUGUUUCCAGAAUUCAUAGAAAGGAUAAUCCAGUUAGGAAGACCAUGUAAGUUAAAGAGGCUGCAUCCAACUGAGUCCUACUCACAGUGGACCCACUGAAAUGAAUAAGCCUAAAUUAGUCCUGCCCAUUAACUUCAAUAGGUCUACUCUGUGUAAGACUAGAAUUGGCUAAAACCCAAAGUGUUUUCUCUGCAGUAGUUUGGCCAAGAGAAAGAGAGGACGGGGCUCGUGUACCUUUAACAGUUUUAUAAAAGAGUAAAUUUCAGCAAUGUUGCUUUUUACAGGAACACUUUCCUCUUCUUUCCCUUUUUUCAUCCAGUUUUAGCUUUUUAUUCCAAAAUAUAUAGUUAUUUACAAUAUUCUGUAUCGGAGGAAAACAAAAAAUACAAGUAUAUCAGAGUAUUCAUACAAUAGUAGUAAAUAAAAAUAAAUCAUAUAAGUAGUAGUAAAUGAAAACAUAAAUAUAUAAGAAGAUAAAAUGAAGAGAAAGAAGAAAAUAAUACAUUUGCCUGCUUAUUGCUCCCAGUUUUCCAUGGUUAUGCAUUCCAGCAUUUACAGUGUAUAUGACUUGUGAUUUAUUAUACCAAUAGAUGAUAAACAUACUUCAUUUUGCAAUAACAAUUAUAUCAAAAUGUUUACCUGCUCUCACCUUAAUUAUACUACUUAAUUUGACCACAUUUAUUGCUUCCUGUAAUCUGAUAUUCCAUUUGUUUAACAUGGGAGUUUGAAACAUACCCAGAUUUGAUGCUUUGCAUCUCCAACAAACAUUCAUUAUUUGUUCCAGGUAAAUGGCUUUUCCAUGCACUCUGGUUUCCGUCAAGGUGUCCCAUUGCAUCCCAACUGGUUUAGUUUUGCUGGCCACAAGACCCAGAAAGCUGUCUGUGGACAAAUGCUGGCUCCCUCUGCCUGAAAGUGAGAUGAGUGCCACACCCCAUAGUCGCCUUUGACUGGACUUAAUCGUCAAGCGGUCCUUUAACUUCACCUUUUACCAGGUUACUAAGUUGCUCGGGGUGGGGGCUAUGAUUCAAAUGUAUGGUAUAUGCGCAACCACAGAUUCAAGCUGCUAUGGUUAAAGUAAAGGUAAAGGUAAAGGGACCCCUGACCAUUAAGUCCAGUCAUGGACGACUCUGGGGUUGCGGCGCUCAUCUCGCUCUACAGGCCGAGGGAGCCGGCGUACAGCUUCUGGGUCAUGUGGCCAGCAUGACUAAGCUGCUUCUGGUGAAACCAGAGCAGCGCACGGAAAUGCCAUUUACCUUCCUGUUGGAGCUGUACCUAUUUAUCUACUUGCGCUUUGAUGGGCUUUCGAACUUCUAGGUUGGCAGGAGCAGGGACCGAGCAACGGGAGCUCACCCCAUCGCGGGGAUGCGAACCGCCGACCUUCCAAUUGGCAAGUCCUAGGCUCUGUGGUUUAGACCACAGCGCCACCAGCGUCCCAUGAUUCAAAUGUAUGGCAUAUGCACAACCACAGAUUCAAGCUGCUAUGGUUACAAGCUGCCUAUUCUUCAAGACACCAAAGCCAAGGCUUGCCUAUUGGUUUUUAACUGAAACUCAAUCCUUUUGGCUGAGGUUUUGUCUGCAGUGGGACCCUCCUUCUCUGCUGACAUCAAGCUUGGUGGAGGCUGUCCUUCCUUCUGGCUCCUUCUCAGUUCUCAGGGUGAUGCUGGGGCGUUCCUUAGAACAUGGAGGGUUGCCAUGUGCCAGGUUUACCUUGAUGUGCUAGGGAUUGGACCUGGGAUCUUCUCCACGCAAAGCGUGCACCUCUGAGCUACGGGAGCCAGUGUGGUGUAGUGGUUAAGAGCGGUAGUCUCGUAAUCUGGGGAACCGGGUUCGCGUCUCCGCUCCUCCACAUGCAGCUGCUGGGUGACCUUGGGCCAGUCACACUUCUCUGAAGUCUCUCAGCCCCACUCACCUCACAGAGUGUUUGUUGUGGGGGAGGAAGGGAAAGGAGAAUGUUAGCCGCUCUGAGAGUCCUUCGGGUAGUGAUAAAGCGGGAUAUCAAAUUCAAACUCUUCUUCUUCUUCUUUGCCCCAACUUGUCGGCUGGGCUUUUCCUGCUUCCUCCCUUUUGGUCUUUUGUUAUGUGUACCGCAAGCCUUGCCACUCAGACCCGGCUGUAGAGACCAACUGGGUCUUGUGCCUGCCUUAGGCAAACAUCAGAAAGGCAAACACUGCAUGGGCCAGCUGGGCAGAGGCACCUGUGGCUGUUUAUGCUUGUGGGGAGAGGUUUGCUGGCAGCUCUGUUGACUCUUCGCACAGCCCUGCAUGGGCCAAUUGCUUGCGUUUUACCCAAGUGUAAAGAGGUGGGGGUAAAUAAAAAGCUUCCCUUAAUCUGGGCUGGGAGGAGGGCGAAGGAGCCUCAUCCUGAGGUCCGCAGGUGCUCUGGAAAGGAAACAGGAAUGAUGCAACACAAUUUUUAAAAAGAUGGUAGUUCUGGGCAUAUUGUUGGGAGGCUGUUCCCCCAAGUAAACAUGUCCAGAAUUGCUCUGUAUAAAUGUGACUAUCUGAAAAUUGUCAUGGAUGUGAAGAGGCCUGUGGCUCCUGCUGCUUCCAUUUCCCCGUGCGAAGCCACUGAAUUUACUCUGCAGCCGCUGUCCCUGCAGGAGUGAUAGAGAGAGCAGUUGUGUGUGUGUUCUGUUUGUACAUUGCGCCACAUGUGCAGCUCCUCCCUCCCUCCCUCUCGCAUGGAAAAGGCCUCACCAGGAUCUUCCUUUUCAGAACUGAAAAUCAAAUCAGAGGAGGGGCAGAGAAUGAAGGGUGGCAAGAUGAGGGAAACUGUUCCGGCAUCAUUUCCUCAUGUGCCACACACAGCUAAUGAUGCAUCCCUUUUCACAGGGUUCGCCAAUGUGGAAGCUGCUCCAAAAUGUGACACCGCCAGGCCAGCUUAGUUGGGUUUUAACUCUUCUGGCUAACUGUCUUAACCCAAUCUCCUUGCAUAUUGCAAUCAUCUUUCAAAAUGAAGAGAAAGUUGCAUGUGGCCUCAUCCUAGAUGCCAACUGAGCAGUGUUGAAAAAUUCCAAACUGGAAGCUGCCUUAUACAAAAACAGACCAUUUGUGCAUCAUGCUCAGUGCUGUCUACUUGACUGGCAGUGACUCUUCAGGGUUUCAGCUAGGGGACCCUCCCAGUCAUACCUGAAGAUGCCAGGGAUUUAACCUGGUGCCUUCUGCAGGCAACGUAGGUCAUGCCUCUUUGGAUCGGAAACCGUGCCAUGGUAUGGGCUUAGCACUAAUUUAAAGAACGGUGCAGGGUCAGGGCUGGUGCCAGAUAUCAGUGUAUCUGGGCAGCCACUGAGGUCCCGGUGCCCUCGGAUGGGCUGCUGCUAACUCCUUAUUUGUUGCCACAAAGCAGCAGACCCUGCCACCCACCCACCCCAGCUCUCUUUGAGCAGUGAGCACCAGCCCCAUUCUGAAGAUAGGACUUUCUCCUGGUGUUCCCUCCUUGGUGCCAAACAGCACUGGCUGCUUCAAACAAGCACCAUUCAGUCGCUCGCUCACUCCAGUGAGGAGGGGCAGUGCUGCUUGCUUCCCAGCCAUGGAAGCACAGCCUUAUACUGAGUCAUACCAUUGAUCCAGCCUAUGCUGGCUGGUCUUAGCUCUCCAGGGAAGUGUGCAACUUAGGUGAAAGGACACUUUUGCCCUGGACUCCACCAUCUCCGAACUCACCUAAAACCAGCUCUGUCCCAUUUCUUGAUCCGACUCAGACCUCGUAUAGGUACCCAUUUUUCAUUUUCAGUAGUGGGCAAGCUUUAGGUUUAUGGUCUAGAAACUUUGCUACUUAUAUAAUAAAGUCACAAUCUUGAGGACUACAACUGUUGCCAGAAUCUUAAGGACAUCAAAGCAAACCACCAGCUGUUUCUGGGUUUUUUCUUGGCUUACCAUGUGCAAUUUGUCUGCAGGAGAGGAACCAUGAACUUGGGUUUGAAUGUACAGUGGUACCUCAGAUUACAUACGCUUCAGGUUACAUACGCUUCAGGUUACAGACUCCGCUAACCCAGAAAUAGUACCUCGGGUUAAGAACUUUGCUUCAGGAUGAAAACAGAAAUUGUGCUCCGGCAGCGCGGCGGCAGCGAGAGGCCCCAUUAGCUAAAGUGGUGCUUCAGUUUCAGGUUAAGAACGGACCUCUGGAAUGAGUUAAGUACUUAACCCGAGGUACCACUGUAAUGUUAAGCCAAAUCAUGACUUAGCCCCAGGACCAUAAGCUCAGUAGCAGAUACAGGAGGUCUCAGGUUCAAUCCCUGAAUCUACGGGCAAGGCUGGGAGAGACUCUUGCAGGAAGCUUAUAUCUCUCUCUCCCUCCUUUAGAAGCCCAGGGCACCAAACACCUCAACGCAACAAGCAAGAACAUUAUCUUGACCAGUGAUCUCAAGCUUACCAGGAACAGUGCCUUACAGCCAUAAAAUGCCUGGGUAAACCGGAAUGUUUUAAAAUUCCUCCUGAAAGUAAAUAAGGAGGGAGAAGGACGCAGCUCACCAGGCACGCUGUCAUGGGUGAAUGCCAACUGGGCUGCUGCCAGUGUAGGCAUAGAAUCACAGAACUGUGGAGUUUGGAAGAGACCCCAAGGGUCAUCUAGUCCAACCCCCUGCAGUGCAGGAAUACAUUGCAGGCAAUGCUGAACCAAUGGUCUGAGUAAGGCAUCUUAGUCUAUUCCCAGGCAGAGCAGCAGCAGCAGCAGGGCUGAGGGAGGGGUGCAGUGGCCCCGAACUUCUCUUUGGGAAGCCACAUGUUUGUUUGUGCUAAGCCCUGGUUUGGCUUAGGGCUACAUGCAAACUAGAACACUGAAGGAAGACUUUCUGCACAUGCUCUGGGGCCUCUUUGUUAUUAGCACUUCAGAACUGAGGUCUUGGCAUUAAAUAUGCCAUGACCUGGGGCUGAGCAUUGGGGGGCCACGGGUCGGACCACAGUUCCCCCGACAGCUUGUGUUUAUUAAGCACUAUAUGAGCAGGAAAUAUCUAUCUCUGUUGCGACUUUGAGGCAGGAGGGACUGUGAAGUGUUCUUCAUAAAGAUAAAGGUUGUGCAGCUGGCAUGUUUGGGCAUGCAGAGUCCGCAAGGGUGUGUCGAGAGAUGCCUCCCUGCUCUUUUUCAGCAAACAUGGAUUAAUCUUCCUUCUUGCUAUAGAGACGUAACUCCUCCCUGGCCUUGUUCAAUACCAGGCUUCUGCUGUUGAAUAAGAGCUGCAACAAGCUUAAUCCAGAUCCUGUCGAAGUCCUAGUCUUUCUCAGAAUAGGCCCCUUGAAAUGGUCAGAGAUGACGUAGCUUGUGUCUAUUGAAUUCAGGGGUCUAUUCUAAGUAGAGGCUCUUUGGGAGUAGCCCUAAAUCAGGGAUCCCCCAAUCUGGAACUCUUCACGUGUUGUUGGACUCCCUCUCCCAUCUGCCCCAGCCAGCAGAUUCAGUGGCUAUAGAAGCUGUUGUGGCAGCAACAGCUGGACGGCCGCAGCUUCCCCAUCCAUUCUCGAAGGAAACAUCUGCAGUGCUCAUUUAAAGCAGGGAACUAUUGGAGUUGUAGCUCUGUGAGAGGAAUAGGGGUCUCCUAACAACUCCCAGAACCCUGAACAGACUAUUGUUUUGUUGGCAUCUGUCUGUCUGAGCAAGAUGUUUGGCACCAGCUGGGUUUUUAAUUUGUAUCCCAGCAGCAAAAGGAAGUCUCUCCCCCCCCUCUCUCCCCCCUCUCUCCCUCUGUGUGUGUGCUCCUUCCUGAAAUGUCCCUGUGUUGGGCAAACUACAGAUCCUGUCCCAUCUCUUAAUUCCCUACCUUCACCUCAGGAGAUUUACUAUAGGCUAUUAGGCACACGGGUGGCGCUGUGGCUUAAACCACAGAGCCUAACGCUUGCCGAUCAGAAGGUCAGUGGUUCGAAUCCCCGUGACGGGGUGAGCUCCUGUUGCUUGGUCCCUGCUCCUGCCAACCUAGCAGUUAGAAAGCACGUCAAAGUGCAAGUAGAUAAAUAGGUACCACUCCGGCGGGAAGGUAAAUGGUGUUUCCGUGCACUGCUCUGGUUCGCCAGAAGCAGCUUAGUCAUCCUGGCCACAUGACCUGGAAGCUGUACACCGGCUCCCUCGGCCAAUAAAGCGAGAUGAGUGCCGCAACCCCAGAGUCGGCCAUGACUGGACCUAAUGGUCAGGGGUCCCUUUGCCUUUACCUUUAUUACGCACUUGAGCAGGUCAGUUCCUUCCCUAUUUGCAAAUUCCUAUUCUCCCUCCCCUUUCUGCUGGCAUUCCAUGCGUCCUGGAAGCUCCCUACCUUAUUUUGUCACUUUCCCUAUUUUGUUUCGAAACUGAUGUGCACUCAGCUGCCCAGGUUUGCUAUUAGGGAAUGAUUUGCCUCCUGCCUAUUUCCCUUUUACUACCUGAUGCCUGAUUGAUACACAAAACCGGCUUAGCUGACUCUGAGUCAGAGCCUCCCUGCUGCCGUAAGAAACUCCCAAGCAUUCCCUGGCUCUCUCCUGCUUCCUUAGUCAGCAGAACAGCUCUGGUGGGUGCAGCGCUGAGCCCCAACUGCAGGGACCCCACACUUCGAGACCUGGUGGCAAAGCCAGAAAAACGUAGGAUGUGAGGUGGACCCAAGGAGGAGCGAAGCCAGAGAGGUCUCUUGCUGAAAACUGGCUGUUGUCACAUCUCUGUCAUUUUCUCGUCACAGAGUUCCCAGCACCCUUAACAAACAACAGCUCCCUGGACUCUUUGGGGGGGAAUGUAUGGUGUGCGUGUCUCCUAGGUCUGACCCAAUGCUUCUGUAUCAGCACAUCAACUGAGAAUAUGUGAAUAUUAGCCGCCGAUGAUAUUUUGGGAGGGAUGCAUGGGGGGCAUUUUCUAAAGAAAGAUUUUCACUGACUUUCUGAACGUUGCGGUUCUAAAUCAGAUUAUAUUUUGCCAAGCUUCUGCACGCUCAAAUUAAAACCAACAGAUACUGGAUUCUACGUUGUUAAUCUUGUUUUUGUGUGACUUCAGAGAGCUUGUUUCAUACAUUCCUCGACAUUAGUUGGUCCAAGUACUGUGGUUGUCCUUAAUUGCUCUGAGUUUCUGUUUGCGGCUAUCUUAUUUGUUUGUUAAUUUCUUAUCCCAGCUUUCCACCAACAUUUAUUUAUAUAAAGCGUUUAACAUGAGAGAGAGAGAGAAAGAGAGAGAGAGAGAGUAUGCCAAUAAAAUCACACAUUAAAAAAGGAUUGACGUAACAUUUAUCAAAAUAUAAAUAAAAUCAGCAUUUUAAAUUUGUUCACACACACAGACACACACACACACACACACAGACACACACACACACACACUAUUUACACACACAUAUACACAAAUACACAGACAUUAUUUGUCUGGUUAGGCUUGCCUAAAUAUAUUUUUUUAACAGGCACCACAGAGAUGCCUGACUAAUAUCAAUGGGCAGGGAGUUCCAGAGGACAAGUGCUGCCAAACUGAAGAAUCAGUUCUUUGCAGUACUUUGCUCAAGGUGGCUAACACUUUUGUAAGAAAGUACUUCCCCAAAUAGGGCAUAGUUAAACUAUGGAGUCUACCCCCCCCCCCCGCACACACGGAGGCUAGUGAUGGUCACCGACUGGGAAGGCUAUAAAAAGCAUUAGACAAAUUCAUGAUAAGGCUCUCUGUGGCUACCAGCCAUGAUGGCUAGAUUCUACUUAACACAGUUGGAGGCAGUAUGCUGUCUUACACGCAGGAUUCCCAUAGGCAUCUGCUUGGCCACUGAGAGAACAGGAUUCUGUUAACUUCAUCUGCGAUUCUUCUCUAGUAGGAAGAAUGACUGGAAGAGUCAGAAAUCAGGAAGACCAAAAUUUUAACAAGGAAUCGGGGGAACUUGUAACUGAUCUUAAAGACCAUUGUAAACAGUUAAAAUCGUUAGUAGGAUUAGAAUAUCACUUGUAGCUGAAGGUUGAAUUCUGGACGUAAUGGAAGAGGGUAAAGGGUUUGGAGUAUCAUAAAAGAUGCGGGAGGAACUGAUUAUUAAUAGGACCCACCUGGGGGAGGAUGGAAGUCCAGGAGAUUCCUUGGAAUCUUGUUUUCAUGAUUUAUGUCUGAUACAUCUCUGUUAAAUUUUAAGUUGAAAAAAAACCCAAAUAAAUAAAUUUUAAAAAAUAAAGAAAAAUUCUGGACUGCAUGAGCCGCUGUCCUGAGCCAGCAGGGCUCUUGUCAUGUUCUGCACCAAUAACCAUCACGGCAAUGAAAUGCAACAAAACAGCACCAAGUCAGGUAAAGCUAGGGUUACUAGAUGUCCCCAGUUACUGGGGACAGUCCCCAGAUUUGCAUAUCUGUCCCUGGGAACCAUGGCAGCCUCAGCAGCCCGGAGCCAGCCUGGUAGCGCAGUUGGCUCUGGCUGGCUUCAGGAGCUGCUUGCUGCCAUGGCGCCUGCCAUUUUCCCUUGCUGGAAGUCCCCAUAUGACUGCCACUGCUGACACCACUGCCGAAGGGGAACUGGGGACGUCCGGCAGUACAGAUCUCCUGCCCUCUUCCCCCUUUGUUUUGACUGCUUGGGGGAGGCUCGGGAGUUGCGGGCGGACGGCCGUUGCCCAGUUUUUUAAAAACUCUGUGCAUUUAUGUUUCACAGGGUGCAAAAGAAGGGCUUCACACCUUUAUACAAUAUGCAUGUGUGCUUGGGCCCAGGGUCUUUUGCCUCACCAUCCCCACUACUGACUCCCUGUUGCUACUCAGCUUCAAAAAAAAGUGUGACUGGAUUCAUUGAAAAAAAUCUGGUAACCAUAGCAUCAGUCCAAAUAAUGCAAACAGCUUGUUAAAAAAGUCAGAUUCGGCAUCUUUGUCAGUCUGCUGAUGGUCCAAAAGCCUGUCUAAAUGAAACUACCUUUGCUUGCUGGCAGAAGGUAAUCAGUCUCCCUUGGCAUAGUUUCCAGAGCCUGGGAGCAGCCGCCAAGAAGUCCCUCUACUGGUAGUUACUAAAAGCCAAGCUGUGUUAGAAAGGUCACAUAGUGCAGUGCAAUAAGACCGCCAAUACCAUUUUGCCGUUUAUCAAAAUAUAUAGCGCAGCUGCAUUUGAACGGUUCAGAAAAGGGCAACCCAAAUUAUUCGGAGGAUGGAGCCGCUCCCCUACCAGGAAAGGCUGCAGCGUUUGAGAGGGGGCACGGUAGAAGUUUGUAAAAUAAUGCGUGGCACGGAGAAACGUUAGAACCCGUGGGCGUCCAAUGAACCUGAAAGUUGGAAGACUCAAGACGGAUAAAAGAAAGGAAGGAAGGAAGGAAGGAAAGGAAGGAAGGAAGGAAGGAAGGAAGGAAGGAAGGGAAAGCCGUUCUUCAGUCAGCGCAUGGUUAAACUAUGGAACUUGCUCCCACAGGGUGGCAGUGAUGGCCCCAACUUAGAUGGCUUUCAAAGAGCCUUGGACAAAUUCAUGGAAGAAUUUGAUGAUGUCAUUGGCUGCUAGCUCUUCCUCCAUGGUCUGAGGCAGGGGUCAGCAAACUUUUUCAGCAGGGGGCCAGUCCACUGUCCCUCAGACCUUGUGGGGGGCCAGACUGUAUUUUUUUUGGGGGGGGGAAUGAAUGAAUUCCUAUGCCCCACAAAUAACCCAGAGAUGCAUUUUAAAUAAAGGCAUGCAUUCUACUCAUGUAAAAACACGCUGAUUUCUGGACCGUCCACGGGCCGGAUUGAGAAGGAGGUUGGGCCGGAUCCAUCCCCCGGGCCUUAGUUUCCCUACCCAGGGUCUGAGGCAUGAAUGCUUCUGAAUACCAGUUGAUGGGAGCUAUGGGAGCAGUAAGAGCUCUUGUGCUCAUGUGCCACUUUCAGGUUUCCCAAAGGUAUUUGCUUGUCCACUGUGAGACCAGAAUGCUGGACUAGUUGGGCCAUUGGCCUGAUCCAGCCUGCUCUCAUAAUAAUAAUAAUAAUAAUAAUAAUUUAUUAUUUAUACCCCGCCCAUCUGGCUGGGCCUCCCCAGCCAAUGUAGGUCUUUCAAGACCGGUGUUAUAUGGUCUUGGCGGCCGCUCCCAGUCACCAGUCUAGCUGCCGCAUUCUGGAUUAGUUGUAGUUUCUGGGUCACCUUCAAAGGUAGCCCCACGUAGAGCACACUGCAGUAGUCCAAGUGGGAGAUAACCAGAGCAUGCACCACUCUGGCGAGACAGUCCGCAGGCAGAUAGGGUCUCAGCCUGCGUACCAGAUGGAGCUGGUAAACAGCUGCCCUGGAAACAGAAUUGACCUGCGCCUCCAUGGACAGCUGUGAGCCCAAAAUGACUCCCAGACUGCGCACCUGGUCCUUCAGGGGCACAGUUACCCCAUUCAGGACCAGGGAAUCCUCCACACCUGCCUGCCUCCUGUCCCCCAAAAACAGUACUUCUGUCUUGUCAGGAUUCAACCUCAAUCUGUUAGCCGCCAUCCAACCUCCAACCGCCUCCAGGCACUCACACAGGACCUUCACUGCCUUCACUGGUUCUGAUUUGAAAGAGAGGUAGAGCUUACUGCGUAUGCUCUCCUGGGCACCAGAUGUGUUUGCGCUAGCAGAAUUAUUCAAGUGGAUAUCACUUAUAUUGUCAUUAUCAUCAUUUUUGCUGUUGUUGCGUUUGUGGAAAUGCAGUGGGUGUGUGGGUGUGGGUGUAACACGCCAUGAACUUGCACUUCUAGGAGAGGGGAUCUGGUGCAUGGAUGGGAAACAUAUAAAGAUCAGUCUCUAGAAACAAAGUAUAAACGUGGGAUAACAUGGAGCAAGUGCUUGCCUGGCUGCCCCCCGCCUGAUCAUUGUGGUUGCCAUAGAGAAACUCCACAUCCUGGCUCUCGGGUUGUGAAGGUGGUUUCUCCCACACUAGGAAUGGGGGGGGGGGGGAGCUGCAUUCUUAAGAGCAUGAAAACAAGUCGUGUGGUCUGAUGUCACAUCACCACAGAGAUUCCCUCCAUCCUUGGAGGGAAUUAAUGGGCUGUGUAACUCACGGUGCAUCUUUGUACCUUUCUGCGAGAGAUUUGACAUUUAUGUUUCUUCAUGUGGAAAAUGACAUUUUGCUGUUUUCUUUUAGAACAUGUGUGCGCGACCUUUUCUCUCUCUUGCCUGUUUAAAAAGUAAAAGGUCAUUACUGCAGCUAUUAUUUAUUGAGCUACCUGAGGCGUUUCUCUUUAUAUGUGACGAACUUUGGGAGGGGUGGGUGGGGUGCGUGUCAGCCAAAAGUGCAAAAUGAAGCCAGAGUGAAGUGAGGAGCCCUACACAUGUUUUUAAGAACAGAAUGCAUUUUUUAUAGUUCUGUUUGGCACGUGAAUCCAAACCCCGUGCAUUUUUGCUCCUUGCCCAAACUCUUGCAUGUGCACAUCUUGCGCCCAUGCCCUGGCUUCAUAUCCCAGCAGAAGAGAUGUUAUUAGAAAUCUGCCCCUCGAUAGCAGUGCCACAUGGAUGAUGCCCACUUGACCCUCAAACCUGGGACUGCAUUACAUGCUAUAGAUUUAAAACACCCCACCCCCCCAAUAUUUUUUGUGUGGGAACUGUAGUUUGUCUCUCACAGAGCUAUAGUUCCCAGCACCCCUCACAAACCGCAGUCCUAAAUGUCCUUCCAAAUAUUGUUUCCUGCCGCUGUUGUAAACAAAAAUUGCCCUUUUCUCUUAUGGGGUAUCCAAGAGCCCAUAUAGAGUCCUUACAUAGGUUCCCUAUUGGUAGGAGAAAAUAACAGAGGCCAACCACAGAAUAUUUAGAAGCAAAGCAGCUAGUAAGCCUGAUCUUUAUUGAUCUGUUGCAACAGGGUGCUUCCCUCACACGCAGGAAAGGAGGAGGACCCAGAAAAAUGGUGUGCAAGGCCUUAUAAAGACUUUUGAAAUUGCCACCCUGUAGAUCAAGCCCACCCCCAGAAACAUCAUACAUACAUCACAGAAGGGAUAUAACCUAAGACCACCACUCAGAUACAUCACACCUACAUCACAAAAAAGGCGGUCUAAAACAGAACAACCCUGGUGGAUUCCUGACUGACUGCCUUUUGAGGCGGAAAUGCAGUUCCCAAGCCUAGACCUGAUAGCUUGGGAAUACAUCAGCCAGCAGCCAGGGAUCUUUUCUUCACUUCCUCCUUCCGUGGCUUGAAUGAGCUGGAGGCUGACUCACCCAAAGGAGCCUGCCGGGGCAGCUCCUGGGACAGAGUUGUGCAAGCAUAGGCCUUCCUUUUUUGCCGCCCUCCCUGUUUCAGUCACCUCUGCUCUCCCUCGCCCCUGCCAUGAGGUGCCUGCAGACCUUCUAAGAGGAAUCUUGGUUCUCCAGUGACCGAGAUUAGUGGCUGGGGGCCCCCGAGUGGGUGUGGAUGAGUAAUGUGGCUUUUGUGGUCUGUGCUCUGGCUGCUCCGUCUUUCCCACACGAAGGAGGAGGAAUCGUUGCUCGGCAGAGACGGGCAGACACGGCACUAGGCCUUCCUGGCGUCUUAAGGGCACACAUUUGAGGAGCGAGCGAGUCUGCCUCCCAUGGGAGGAGGAUGCAAAGCAGUAGCAGAUGUGGGGGCCCCACAUGGCGGGGAGACUUCAGAGGUGGACGAGACAUGAGAUCAUUGUCUGGCUUUCCCCAACCCCAGCUCUUACUAUGGCCACAUGCGCACCGUGCGUUUAAAGUGCUGUGAUAACACUUUCAAAAGCCUUGGCUGCCCCCAAGAAUUCUGGGAGCUGUAGUUUGCUGUGGGUGCCAAGAGUUGUAGGAGACCCCUGUUCCCUCUUAAAGGUAAAGGGACCCCUGACCAUUAGGUCCAGUCGUGACCGACUCUGGGGUUGUGGUGCUCAUCUUGCUUUAUUGGCCGAGGGAGCUGGCAUACAGCUUCCGGGUCAUGUGGCCAGCAUGACUAAGCCGCUUCUGGCGAACCAGAGCAGCGCACGGAAACGCUGUUUAUCUUCCCGCCGGAGCGGUACCUAUUUAUCUACUUGCACUGCAUGCUUUUGAACUGCUAGGUUGGCAGGAGCAGGGACUGAGCAAUGGGAGCUUACCCUGUCGCGGGGAUUCGAACCGCUGACCUUCUGAUUGGCAAGCCCUAGGCUCUGUGGUUUAACCCACAGCGCCACCCGCGUCCCUCUUAGAGAGCUGUAAUUCCCAGAGUUCCCUGUGAAGAGGAAUGAUGGUUAAACCAUUCUGGACACUGGACCUCUUCCUACCACCACUUUUGGGUAAAUGUGUCCAUAGGAACUGGAGGGGUGGGGUGGGUAAAGUGAGCACCCGGGUGGGUGGGGUAUAUAAAUAAUAAAAUUAGUAAUCCCAGGGUUGUGGGUUUUAGCCCCACUUGGGGCAAAAGACUCUUGCAUUGCAAGGGGUUGGACUUUUUGACCCACGUGGUCCCUUCCAACCCCACAAUUCUGUUCUGUGAAAAGAUCACGAGUGCCGAUUGCUCAUCCAGCAGGCAACUUGCCAUUUAGCAGCAGCACCUUUUGGACAGAGGAACCGUUCCAAGAAAUCUGCUCACAGAGUUCACAUUUGGUUGUUGUUCCUCUGCACCGUCAGCACUGGGAGCUGGAGCCAGUGACACAAGUUCCCAAGCAGGGACGUAUUUUGGGCAAGCCCUGUGCAAAAUUCGCUACCCUUAAAUUGCAUCUGGAAUUCACUGCCCAAGGCGAAGCCUUCAAGUGCACCUCGUAAUGGGUGGUAACGUCUCAUGAUGGUAAUAACUAAAAGGAGCUUUUUAGCUCCUGCCAAAAAUCUCCUUUCGUUUGGCCCCAAGCAGGAGAGAACUGAGCUGGAAACACAUGGACAGACCCACGGACACAUCCUGUGAAGUCUUCCUCCACCUCCCAUGAAAGGAAGAGGUGCCAGGAAGAUGAGGCUGAUCAUCUUUCACCCUUGUUUUCUAUCUUAAGUUGGUCCUAUAGUCGGUCUUGCUCGCCUUCCCACAUGGCAGUGGGACUGCAACUCCCAUCAGCCCCAGCCAGUAUGUCCAGCACUUAGGGAUAAAUGGGAGUUGUAGUCCAAAAUGUCUAGAGGACACCAAUAUGGGGGGAAAACUGGCCUAGUUGUUGACUACUAUUACAAGGCUUAUUUGCAAUGAGCAAUCCUGUUCAGAUGCUUUCCACAUACAGUAAAAUGGGAGGAGAAUGUGUACAUAAUCUGACUCUGCCCCUUCUGUCGUGCCCCCCACCAGCCAUCCACAUGUUCCACCGCGAACAAGGAGUGAGCUUGCUGCAGCCUUGCCCAAGCUGGUGUCCACCAUAUGCUUUGGACUAAGGCUCCCAUCUACCACAGCCAGCAUAGGCAGCGUACUCAGGGAUGAUGAUGGGGGGUUUGUUAUCCAAAACAUCUGGGGAGCAUCAUGUUGGGGAAGGCUGGCUUUUUGUACUUGUGGAGGGCUGUGAAUUCUGCUGGAUCAUAGUACAGAAUUGCAGAGAGUCUCCAGAAGUGCAGCAGACAUUUCCCCCUUGCAGACAUUUUCCCUCUGGUGCAGCAGAAGAGGCAGAUCUUGCUAGUGGAUUCCUGCUCUCCCCUGCAUAAAGCUAGUAAUAUGCAAACGUCUUUCAAUUCCUGUACGGACUGGUUACUGUUUGUUGCUAUUUCUAUUAAUGUCGUUAAGGAUUUGCUGCAUAAAGGCUGAUUGCAAUUGAAUUGAUUGUCAUGUAGUGGUCUCCUGACAGGUGCCAUAAUGCCUGCCAGUUCAUUUGUGGGUCUUAUGGAAGGUGCUUGCUCUAGUGUUUAAAGCCCUAAAUGACUUAGGCCCCCAAAAGGCUCCCUUCCCAGCCGAAGCUCCGAAGUUGUUGGCCAGGAGGGGUUUUUCUUUGGCUGAGCCUCUAAGUUGUGAAACUCCCUCCCCAGAGAGGUGUGCCUGGCACCUUCACUGUGCAGUUUUCAUUAUAUGUUGAAGAUGCACCUCUUGACCCUGGCCUUGGACAGGUGGGCUGUAUAUUUUUAGGACUCUCCCUGUUCUUGUGAUUGCAAUUUGUUUUGAAAUGCUUUUGAUGUGCUUUAAAUUGUUAACAUUGGGUAAAUGGUGGUGGUGAAAUCAAAAUACCGGUAAUUAUCGUUGUCUUUUUAUUUUGUAUAUGAGAUCCAGACAGGAUUGAUUGAGUUUAGCAUGAGCUCUGUGAUUCAGCACAUGUAUUGCAUGGCAAAGAUCCCAUAUUCAAUCUCUCUAGUAUCUAUAUCCAAAAAGAUCUUAUAGCGCAGGGCUGGGGCAGAUCUACAAUAAAACUAAGGAAGCUUAAACUUCCAGGCCCCUAAACCCAGAGGGGCCCCAGAAACCACAAGCUUAAAAAUUUGGGGUCUAGUAGACCCAUGGGACGCUGGUGGCGCUGUGGGUUAAACCACAGAGCCUAGGACUUGCCGAUCAGAAGGUUGACAGUUCGAAUCCCCGCGAUGGGGUGAGCUCCCGUUGCUCGGUCCCUGCUCCUGCCAACCUAGCAGUUCGAAAGCACGUCAAAGUGCAAGUAGAUAAAUAGGUACCGCUCCGGCGGGAAGGUGAAUGGUAUUUCCAUGCGCUGCUCUGGUUCGCCAGAAGCGGCUUAGUCAUGCUGGCCACAUGACCCGGAAACUGUACGCUGGCUCCCUUGGCCAAUAAAGCGAGAAGAGCGCCGCAACCCCAGAGUUGGCCACAACUGGACCUAAUGGUCAAGUGUCCCUUUACCUUUACCUUAGUCCCAGAUUGAAUGGUACGACUCAAAUUGAUUAAUUUUUUGUUGUACAUGUUUCAAGAAUCCCAAAGUUUAAGAGUCAGUAGCACAGAUGUUGUACAGGUGUGGUGAUCUGUCGUGGAACAACUCCAGUGAAGAAGAUAACAGUGGUUACCUGGACCUCAUUGCCAGUUACAAAGGGGCCUCCAGGACAAUUCAAGCUUCAGGGCCACUGGCUGGGGCUGAUGAGAGGCCUGGCCAGGUGAGCUAAUGGUCUGAUUUAAUAUAAGGCCGACUUGAAUUUAAGCAUACAGUGGUACAUUGGUUCUUAAACUUAAGCUGUUCCGGAAGUCUGUUCCAAAACCAAAGUGUUCCAAAACCAAGGUGCGUUUUCCCAUAGAAAGUAAUGCAAAACGGAUUAAUCUGUUCCAGACUUUUAAAAACAACUCCUAAAACAGCAAUUUAACAUGAAUUUUACCAUCUAACGAGACCAUUGAUCCAUAAAAUGAAAGCAAUAAUCAAUGUACUGUACUAUAAAAUAAAUAAGACAGUAUUGUAGAUGAUAAAAAUUAAAUUAAUUUUUUUUCUUACUUGCACGGAUGAUAGUCAUUGUUUGGAUGGAGGGUUUUAUCCAUUUCUGCAGCCGCACAAACAAUCAAUCAGUAGCUGAACUGGGUUCCACACAGUCACAAAAACAAAUUAAUUGAAAAAGCCUCAAAAACAAAAACGCAAAAUAAAUAGCAAAAACAAAAGCGCCAAACUUAAUCAGUUCCGGAAGUCCGUUUGACUCCCGAAAUGUUCAAAAACCAAGACACAGCUUCUGAUUGGUGCAGGUGCUCCAGCAACAAUAGCCGACAGCCACAUCGGAUGUUCGGCUUCCGAAAAACGUUUGAAAACCGGAACACUUCCGGGUUUUCGGAGUUUGAGGACCAAAGCAUUUGAGAACCAGGCGUUUGAGAACCAAGGUACCACUGAAUACUGUCAGCUACAGGCAACAAGAAUUUGCUUGUAGGUGAGUGAGUGAGUGAGUGAGUGAGUGAGUGAGUGAAUGAGUGAAUGAGCGAACGAGCAAGCUGCUGGAGGAGGUGUGGACCCUCUGUGACAGGGUGGAAACCAAGAGGGAAGCCCCCUUAGCCAGCAUAAGAAAAGCAGGCUGCUGCAAGGAGGACAGAACUCCACACCUCUCUUUUGCCAGCCCACAACAGGUUAGCGUUUUGUUUUAUUUUGCAAGCGAAAAACUUUUGUGGACUUACUUGCAAGGCCAUGAGGCAGUUUCAUAACAUGCUGAGAUAAGGUUAGCAGAUGUAGCAGCAGCAGCAGCAGCAGCAAAAACCAAACUUUUUGUGGUGAUGUGUGGAAACCUUAACACUGUGCAUGAUGUCAGCAGCUGCACAGAACUGGUCAGUGUGGGCAAGUAGCCAGGAUGCACAGAAAUGGCCAGUGUGUUCUGCUCUGAGAAGCAUGUGGCUUGGUCAGGAUAAGUGGCCGGGCUGUGUGUGUGUGUGUGUGUGUGUGUGUACCCACACCUGACACCUGUAUAUACCUGCCUAUUCACUGCAGGAAUCUUCAGGGCCCUCCUUGUUCCCAGGGUUCUCUAUGGCAGUAAAAUGCGCUGCCCACUGAAGUUAGACAGGCUCCAACAUUGUACACUUUUGUCGGAUGCUAGAGGCUUUUAAUUUUUUUAAACAGGUUUCCCCAGAAGAAUGAGUUGAUUUGUGGGAAGCAUCUGAUUUCCUUUUUGAGAAUUGUUUUAUCUAUUGUUAUGUGUUCCAUUUUAAUUUUGUACAGCAGCACAGUAUUUUGCAAUGUUUAGUGCUUUUCAAAUAUUCCGGAUAAAGUAACAGAAGCAGAAGGUGAGGUUACUUCUACUUUGCUGACUCGCUUGCCAAUCUAACGCAGGUCACAGUUUGUUAAGAAUAAAAUGCCCAUGUCCUGAUCUUGCACAUGGAAGGAUCUCUUUCCUCUCAAGAGGUGAUCCAGCCCUUUUAGUAUUUCUCUUCUUAAUCUGGCCUGUGAUUUCUGAUAACCAGAGGCCUUCUGGGGUGCCCUUACAAACCCUGUGAGCCGGCCUGUGAUUUCACUGUUGGGCUCUGGCCUUGGGUACUUCCGUUUGCCAAGGAUGUUGGCCUUUGCUUCUGGAAAGAUAGCCAACUCCAGGCUGGAGGGAGAACUGGUUGCAGAAGAAGGCAAAGAGGAAGGCUCUUCUCAGUGGACCAGAGUUUGGGGGACCUCCAGAUGUUGCUGGGGUAUACAACUCCCAUCUUCCUUGGCCAUUGGUUGUGUUGUAUGGGACUGAUGGGAGUUGGAGUUCUAGGACCUCUGGAACACCCACACAAGUUCCCCAUUUCUGCUGUAGAUGCUCUGAUGUGUAUCGAAAGCAUGUUGAGUUGCAAGGAAGAUUUUAAAACUCUGGCUUGACAUAGCGUGCAGAGCAGGACAGGCAGGUGGGACUGAUCCAUAAUAAUCCAAAGUCCUUUCCUUUGGCCCAGUGUUACAGCACUGUUUCCUCUUUUCUUACGUCUUCAGUGAAAUCACAACCUAUUAAGCAGUCUCAGCUGAAAAGAGGGGGGGGGGGGAGGAAAUCCCGACUUGCCUUCUACCUUUAUGCAUCCUGCCAAAUUAGCUGUGACACUGAUUGCUGCCGAUAACGCAGCUCUAUCACUUGGAGGGUAGCCAAGGGACUUCCUCACGCUAUCAUUUGGUCCAGGACAGGCAAAUUUGGGCGUCAGCACUGACGUGGCCAGCAGGCCAUUGACAUGGGCCAUUAACCUGACCUGCUCCAAGGCACAGUGGAGAGACGUAAAGGCAGUCAAACACAGACGCCACUUUACCUUUUACCAGCUUCCCCGCCUGCCCUCUGCUUGUUACCAAAUUAUAACAAAUCUUUUGAAAUGUGGCUGAUAUCCUCGUGAGUUUCCUCUUCUUGCAGGGCGAAGCGACACAGGAUGCGAAAGAUCCGUGAUCAGUCUCUCCCAACAUUUCUUUAUUCAUUUACUCUUUCCUUAGCGGACAAAAAUAGCACUUUGGGGUCCGAGGGUGGGGACAGCAAAUCUGAUUUGAAAAUAAAAGCUGUUUUUCUUUCUUUCAAAAAACCCCAAAACCACCUACCAGUAUCCUUUCCCUUUGCUGAUUUCGAGUGAAAAAGAAAACAGAAAAACUGUUACAUAUAAUUUCUGUUACACGAAAUGGGAGUUGAAAGAUGUUAAAGAGAAUCCAAGUCUGAGGUCCCAUGAAUGAACCAAGUUAGCUCAGAUGUCCUUUUGGGAGACAAUUCUAGAAUGCAUGUUUUACUUCUCUGUUGCCCACACAAACUUUACGUUUGCACAUCUGUUCCUUUAGUGUUCCAUCACACUAAACCAGGGCCUAACAUUUGGUGCACAAUCCGGAAGGAGCUACCCCCUCACUCGUUCUCCCUGCUAUCCUCUCCUUCUCUUCUUCCCAUGCAGCUUGCAGAAGGACUUUGACAGAGUUUUACUUUCACAUCUCCGCAAAUGUGGCUUGUUUUUUCAUAUGAACCGGAGCCUGUGGUUUAAAGCGAGCUCUGGCGGGUUUAACAAGCUGGUUUAACAAUCCAUGGUUUGAGGCUGGUUCAAAAGAAAUGUUGCUCAGGUUUCUAAACAAGCCCAUUUUAAACCAUGGUCUCCAGUUUGUAGGCAAUGUUACGUCGAAGGCUCGUAGAAACAGAUCGUCCAUUUGCAUGAAUUGUUGCUGUUUCGCAGCGGUCUAUUCUAGGCUGUGAAUUUCCUGCGUGAGGCCUGAUCCCAUGGCUAUUUCAGUGGAACUUACAUUUUAAGAAAGUCUGGAAAGCCUUCUGGUCGUGUCUUUGGAGUAUCAUAAACUGCCUCAUAACAGAUUAUAGACCAGAUUAAGUCAGCUCCCCCCUGUAGCCCCCUCCUGAUCUCCCCAAAAUUUGCUCUGGAGGGUUGGGAGAACCUCCAGAAAAGUGGGGGGGGGGGGUUGUUUCAUCUGGCAAGCAGAAAUGCUUGCACUGAAGAACAUAAGAGUGUGACAUUGAAUUCUUGCCUAUUUGUUUGUACAGUGGUACUUUGAUUCUCGAGCUUAAUCCGUUCUGGGAGUCCGUUCGACUCCCGAAACCAUUCGAAAACCAAGGCACAACUUCCGAUUGGCUGCAGGCCCUUCCUGCACUCAAGCGGAAGCCGCGUUGGAUGUUCGGCUUCGGAAAAACGUUCACAGACCAGAACACUUAGUUCCAGGUUUGCAGCACUCGGGAGCCGAUUUGUUUGACAACUAAGCCGUUUGAGAACCAAGGUACCAUUGUACAGCUCAGUAUUCUUCGCUCUGGCUGGCAGCAGCCCUACAGUUUCCUGGAUUUUUAGGGGGGAAGAAAUGUGCAUGAAAUAAAAUGGAUGCCACCACAGUUUCCUAAAUUCCUGGAUUGUUCUUUACGCUGACCUUGUGUUAACUUUCAGAGGCUGCAAGUUGAGGGGAAUUGCAACAGCCCUCUUCAUCCCAUGAAUGUCUAACCAGCGGUCAGCAAACUUUCCAGCAGGGGGCCUGUCCCCUGUCCCUCAGACCUUGUGGGGGCUGGACUAUAUUUUUUGGGGGAAAUGAACGAAUUCCUAUGCCCCACAAAUAACCCAGAGAUGCAUUUUAAAUAAAAGCACACAUUCUACUCAUGUAAAAACACGCUGAUUCCUGGACCGUCUGUGGGCCGGAUUGAGAAGGCGAUUGGGCCGGAUCCGGCCCCCGGGCCUUAGUUUGCCUACCCAUGGUCUAAGCCCCUUCCCAGUAUGUCGUUCUCGUGUUCACCACCUCCUCCCUAUGGAAUGGAACAAAUUUGCUAGUCCUGUGUUGUUCUAAAAACUCUGCAUGCUUAAAAUCAAAAUAAGAGGAGGAAAGGGCGAGUGGGCCUGGCAAAGUCCACCCAUGCCCACCCUUUUCCCAUUAAAAAAAAAUCAAUUUAAAACAUAUGGAAGAAUGUCGUUUUAUUAGAACACCAGACGUCUGCAUUCUUAUCGAGGCUCUGUGCUUACGACAGAAAUGAGGUAUGAAUAGGCCUUAAUAAGAUCCUUAUCGCGCUUCCAUUAAGAUCCAGGGUAGGAAUGGGCCUUGAGGGUUUUGCAUUUGCAUGGGGCGGGGAGACUGGGGGAAGAGGAGAUCUCUGAAAAGUUGGCACGCACAAGCCCUGCUAUUGUUGCAAGUUAGGAAAAAGGAAACCCAAAAGCCCAUUUAGCAACCUCGUGGUGCGUAAGUAGAGUCGAAAGCCAAAGGCACAGAUUUCCCAGCCAAAUGUUUUAGCUCAUAUGUGCCAUGCAGCUCCCUAUCAGUUCCGCAAAUACGAAAAUGCAAGUGACUUGUGGCCUCUAAGCUCUGCUGGCUGUUCUGUUGUUGCUGCAAGUGGACGCAAACCAGUAAUCUUCAAUCUCACAUGGUCCCAACAGCAAUGUAGGACCCACUUCUGAUUUCUAGGUGUCCUACAUGGGCCAGGUUGUUGUUUUUCUCUCCUUCUCAGUUUAAGGCAGGGGUGGGGAAUCCUGUGGCUCUCCAGAUGUUGUUGGACUCUGCAUCUUCCAUCAGCCGUAGCAGAUGGAGCCUUAUGGUAGGGAAUGAUGGGAGUUGUAGGCCAACAAUUUCUGGUGGACCAUAGUUUUUGAGGCAAACUUAGGCAGAGAACCUAGAUUUUUAAUUGCAGCAAGGUGGGAGGGUUGUUUUUUUAAAAAAAGCAAACAAACCAAGAGUUGCUUAUAAGGCUAGGAUGAAAAAGCAGCAACAACCAAUGUAUUUUAUGCUACAUAAUAACUACUGAUAGAGGGAUUGUCCCUUCUUAUUGCAUCUGGCCACUCUGUUUUCUUUUUCAAGCAUGUACAGUGGUACCUUGGUUUGCAUACGUUUUGGAUACGUGUUUCCCGGUUUGCAACCUUUUUUUGGAUUACAAACAAUUUUUGGGGGGAGGCCCCAUUGGCGAAAGCAUGCAAACGGACCUCUGGAACGGAUUAUGGUUUUAAACCAAGGUACCACUGCACUGAGAAAUGUGUCUUCAGUGCUAGAUACAGGCACCUUUUGGGGUUGAGCUUUCUUUUGAGUCCAUAUUUGUUGACUGCAGAAUUCCAGCGAUCUCCGGGAAAUUCUGGACAUAUGACAACCCUGGGUACACAUGGCACCAAUUAUUUGUCAAAAUUACAAAUACCCAAAUACAGACCGUCAUUUCCCUCGCUAGAUUCAACGUGCUGCCAUCUGCCUUAUUACAGGGCAAAUUAAAGGGUAAGCCAUACAUGGAAUGCCCCUGCGGCUUGAUGGAGGUAGAAACUGUCUCUCAUGUCUUGUUACGCUGCCAUUUCUACAGGGAUAUACGCUCGGUAUUUAUCACUCCUGUUAUACAGAAAUCUCCAAAUGGGUCUGAAUGUCAAUGUCUAAAACUCCUGGUAGAGGACAAGGAUCUAGAGAUCAUGCUAAGGGUGGCCAAAUUCUGUGCGACUGCCAAAAAAAUUAGGGAACAAGCUGUACUACCAAAAUGAUUAAGGUUUUAAAUGACAAUUUUAGGUUAUAUUUUAGUGAUCAAGAUUUAAUAUAUAUUUUUAACUGCCGCUAUAUCUGAAUUGUCUCUGUUAUACCCAAUUGCAAUUCAAUGUAUUCCUGUUGUGUUUUAUGAUUUUCCUGAUAUUGUAAGUGAUCCAGAACUGGUCUGUGACCGUAAUAAUAAAAUUCAAUUCACAUGGCACCAUGCCCAUGUCAUCGCUGUCAGUUGGGCUGUGCCAUUCCCCCUCCUCACCAUAUUUCUCUUUUCUAUGAAUGAAAUAGGCAAAAAAGGACAGGAUGCAGAUAUUUGGCUGCCUCUGUACAGUGGUGCCUCGCAAGACGAAAUUAAUCCGUUCUGCGAGUCUCUUCGUCUUGCGGUUUAUUCGUCUUGCGAAGCACUGCUAUUAGCGGCUUAGCGGCUAUUAGCGGCUAUUAACGGCUUAGCAGCUUAGCGGCUAUUAACGGCUUAGUGGCUUAGAGGCUUUAAGAAAAAGGAAACAAACUUGCAAGAACUCGCAAGACUGUUUCGUCUUGCGAAGCAAGCCCAUAGGGAAAUUCGUCUUGCAGAACGACUCAAAAAAUGCAAAACCCUUUCGUCUAGCAAGUUUUUCAUCUUGCGAGGCAUUCGUCUUGCGGGGCACCACUGUAUACCACCAUAUCUGUAUGGAGAGACGCAUAGCAGUGUAUCAGCACACUAGUUUCCAGUCCCUGCCUUUUAAAAGACUGUAUACGAAAACACUGAAGGGGUGGAGGGGAUGAGAGAACAACACUGUGCACUGAUCUGAAAACACGUCCACCUGUGGUUGCUGACAGCAUGGCUAGUAGCUGCCGCUUUGGAUACUGUCAUCACACCAAGGUGUGCACAAUUGGAAGCCACUGUGUGCACAAGUGCAUCAAUGACAUGGGGGAUGAUGCUGUGUGUACAUUACCCCACAAAGGUACCUGCAUCCCGUGUUGAAUGCACAUUUUUGUGCAGUGUGAACAUGCCCGUAUGCAUGCACAAAAUGUAGAUCAAGCGAGCUUGAAGUCUGCCUGCCUCUGCGGCAGGGUUUGCGCACUGGGCAAUGUCCUCAUCAGUUUCUCCACAUGGAGCACAUUCAAACCCCAGGGCAGGCAGGCAGGGAAAGCUGAACAUGGCAGCCGUUUGGGAGAACGUGGCAGGCAAAAGAGGCUGUCCAUUCCUUCUGAUCUGCCUUGAUGAGUUAGCAGCGGUUGAUUCAUACGAGUGGGAGGUUAUAAGCCAAGAGCCAGGAGCUGCUGGGGCCUAUGGGGGUGGGGAGGAGAUGAAGAGAGCAGGUAAAGACCGCAGGAGGAGUGGACGUCAAGAGCAAGAUCAGAUCCUGCUUUCCCAGCGAAUUGUACGAAAUGCACUUGGUCAUAUUUUGAAAGGAUUGCAAUUUGUUGCAGACUGCAAUUUCUUAUCUUUCCCCCUCCUUUGGUGGAGCAGGGAGCUCAGACUGGACCACUUUAAGUGUGCUGAUCAUUGCUCUCCUCACUAUGCUUACCUUCAGCAGCCCACAUAUUUUGGCUGAUGUUAACCGUCAGCCAAAAAAAGGAGUUCUUCUUGCCAUGACUCACUCCCACUAGCAGCAGAGGUCUUUCCUAGCUUUGCUAGUGGAGAUCUUUUACCGGAGGCACCAAGCAAGGAUUGCGUUAGUCCUUAGUGAGUGCCUGGCACGCUGCUACCAAUAGACCGUUGCCCAGCAUCAACCUCGAGCCCCAUCUCUCGCAGUGUGGCUGCUUGCCAAUUCCCCUGCUUGGGGUUAGCAGCUGCUUUGAGAAUAGGCUGUUGAACUACAUGGGCCUUUGGUCUGAUCCAACAGGACUCUUAAUAUGUAAGGCCUGGGCUUUCCUUCUGAGCCCAGGGCUCUGGCAGAUACUGAUCUGUUUGUCCACCCACCAAAACCCUGCACUCUCUUACCCCUUGCCACCCCUUGCUUCCCUACGUUCUUUAUAGCUACAUCCAUGCCAGUUUGGUACAUAACUGCCUCUAACCAGGCAGAACUGGCAGAGGCCCUGAGAGCAAGAUCACCGGAGGGUGUACAAUGCUCUCCUAGACGUAUUUACUGAGAAGGGCUGGUUCCAGCUCUGACGCUCAGCCUAUUCAUGCUGGAGGAAGUGGAUUGAUUCCAGCAGGAAGUUCAUACCCAGUCAAUUCCCUAGAGAGCCUGGAGAGACAAGGGCUCUCCACAAGCUUUGCGAAGGGAUUCUGCGGCAGGCGUGAGCGUCGUCGGUCAUUUUGCAGAGCAGCGUCUGCUUUGGCCGGGGGUCUUUCGCUUCCUGUUUUCUUACCUUGACGUCACGGGUCCUUCGAUGGCAGCCGGUCAAAGGGAGAGGUUGUUACUGGCCGGGAACCAGCCCUGAGCAUUCCUGAGGAGUGCUGAUGUCACCUACCCACAGGGAUUACUUCAUAAGUGAAGUAUUUAGGCCUCGGUGUGAAUAAGAGAAGGGGAAAGGAAGAAUGAUGACGAAAGUAGGAAGCUGGCCCAUGCAAUGCCACCCACCCACUCCCCUUUCCCUCCAAGCAGUCUCCUCAUCUAGUAAACAUAAAAAUAAUAAUUAAAAAGCCCCACCACAAAAAUGGUGACAUCAACCUGGGUCGGGCAUAGCCAGCAGGCAGGUUUUUCCAUUUCCUGAUCUUUAAAAUAAAUCAAUAAACUAAGGCUGCAUACACACCAUACAUUUAAAGCACACACCCCCCCACAAAAAUUCUGAGAGAACUGUAGUUUACCUCUUAAAGGGGUAAAGGGACCCCUGACCAUUAGAUCCAGUCGUGACCGACUCUGGGGUUGCGGUGCUCAUCUCGCUUUAUUGGCCGAGGGAGCCGGCGUACAGCUUCCGGGUCAUGUGACCAGCAUGACUAAGCCGCUUCUGGUGAACCAGAGCAGUGCACAGAAACGCCGUUUACCUUCCCGCCGGAGUGGUACCUAUUUAUCUACUUGUACUUUGAUGUGCUUUUGAACUGCUAGGUUGGCAGGAGCAGGGACCGAGCAAUGGGAGCUCACCCCGUCACGGGGAUUCGAACCACCGAUCUUCAGAUCAGCAAGUCCUAGGCUCUGUGGUUUAACCCACAGCGCCACUUGCAUCCCAGUUUACCUCUUAGAGAGCCACAGUUCUUAGCACCCUUAACAAACUGCAGUUCCGGUAUUCUUGGAGAAAGUUGUUCACUUUAUAUGUUAGGGACAUAGGAAGCUGCCUUAUACUGAGUCAGACAAUUGACCCAUAUAGCUCAUUAUUGUCUGCCCUGACUGGCAGUCACUUACCUCUGAGCCCUACUUGGAGACACCGGGAAGUGAACCUGGGACCUUGUGCAUGGGGAAGCAGAUGCUCUUAGACUGAGCUACAGUCUUCCACCCAAUGUAUGGUGUGCAUGCAGCCUAUGUAAACCACAUGUCUCCCUCUUCCAGGAGGGUUGGGGUUUGUUUGUUUUUGCAGAGAAGGCCACAGAAAUGAGUAAUGGAACCGCCCAUGUUUCAGUCGCACCUUUCCAGCAACACACAUCCAGCUGCUUUGGGCCCUCAAAUUUCAGCAGCACCCUGGGUGAAGCUAAAAUUUGGUGCCCCCCCCACCUCUCCCACUCCAUUCUACAGCAUUAUUGUGGCGCCCCCUGCAAAGCGGCACCCAGAUUGACUACACUGGGCAUGCUACCCUAAACAGGGUCGUCUUUACUCAGGGAUGCAAGGGGUGCGGUGCAAAAUGUAUACCUACUGCAUACUGGUCCCUCUUGAUUGGUGGCAGUGAGAAGCAAUGGAGCAAAAGUCCCCGCUCCCCUCCUCCGUUGCUCUGUUACUCCGUAGCAUCAAGCAAAAGCAGUUGUUUCCACUGUGUUGUUACAGGUGAGAGCAAUCCCUCCCUGAAAAAAGGUCAACAACUUCAACUUUGGCUUCCCCCUCCUAAAAAAGGGGGUGCAGGGCAGAUCUUUGCACCCCAGCGGUGCAUAUGCUAAAGAUGGCCCUGACCCUAAAACCACCUCUGACUGGUUGUCCUGGUGAUGCGGGGAACAGAAAGGAAGGGGCAGGUAAUAGGUAAAGAAGGAGAAGGAGAAUCGGCAAGGUUUAUGGGAAACGCCUGAGUUCAGUGGUGCAACAUCUAUCCUGGAGCACACAUAGAACACAACACCAAUUCCUGGAUCAGUUGUAAAGCAUCUGUUCUGCUGGCCCCCCAGUGUCCCAGCAGCGUGGAGCCGAGCAUAGCAUGCCUCCAGCGGUCAGCUCCUUCUCCUGCUGCUGCUGCAGAGGGGAAGGAGGGUCGAAGCUUCUUCUUCUUCUUCUUUGGUGAUCCCUCGUAGCAGAGUAAGCCACUUCCGAGCUCGAGAGGAGGGGGGGUUGCGGGCUACCCCCUCCCACACACGCACGCGGGGGCUGGUUCUAGCCCCCGCGAGAAAAGGGAAUCCCCAGGCGUGUCUGCGACCUGGCCCGCCAAUCGGCGGGCAGGGGAGGCGUGGCCUAGCCCAUUUAAGGCCGGCUCGCCCGGGGACCGCCCUCUUUGUCCCGUUCCAGACACGCCCGGGGACUACCUCUUCUCGUGGGGGCUAGAACCAGCCCCCGUGUGCGUGUGUGGGAGGGAGUAGCCCGCAACCCCCCUCCUCUCGAGCUCGGAAGUGGCUUUGCAUGGCGAGUCCCCUCCCCCAAGUGAAAUGAAGACACUGGACACAUUAUUUAAGGUUAAUGGGCAUAAAAAGGCCACAACUUUAUUGAUUACAGGAAUUGGAAGGUAUUGGCCUUAGGCAUUGGCUCCUAUCGACUACCCGGCAUGGGGACCAAGAAGGGUUAUCCACCAGCCGUGGGAGUCCUGUUGAAGUACGCCAACUAGGAUCCCACGGGUGUCACCGCUCAGGGGCGUGCCGGAGGCCCUCACCUCUCUAGGUUUCGGACAAGGCAACGCCCCCCGGAGUCCUCUACCGGACUACCCUUUUCAUUGGGGGAAGGUGAUGGCGCUUCCUUCCCCCCCACUUGCAUAACAAUUAACCCCUGCCAAUGCCUAACCGCCAAUCGAGCAAAGCUCGCCGCCAAUACCUUCAAACCUGUAACCAACUCCUAAUCCCUGCUAUGAAUAAUGUGUCCAGUGUCUUCAUUUCACUUGGGGGAGGGGACUCGCCACACAAAGAUUGUCUUCCAUAAACACAGUUUUAACAACGAGUCCGUAGGUGACUAUGGAGGCCAGUUCUGGAUCCACACGUACUUCCACGGUGAGGACAUAGGUUUCCAAGAGGGAGUUGAUCACGGUGUGGAUUUGCCAAGCGUGCCUUCCUCUUAGCAUGUUUCUCCCUUGCAUCCUGAGUUUGAGCGUCUUCAAAGCCCAUGACACCUUUGGUAAAGGCUGUUCUCCAACUGGAGCACUCACAGGCCAGUGUUUCCCAGUUGUCAGUGUUUAUACUACAUUUUUUUAGAAAUGCCUUGAGACAGUCUUUAAACCUCUUUUGUUGACCACCAGCUUUACGCUUUCCAUUUUUAAGUUCAGAAUAGAGUAGUUGCUUUGGAAGACGAUCAUCAGGCAUCCGCACAACAUGACCAGUCCAAUGAAGUUGAUGUUGAAGAAUCAUUGCUUCAACACUGGUGAUCUUUGCUUCUUCCAGUACACUGAUAGUAGUUUGCCUGUCUUCCCAAGUGAUGUGUAAAAUUUUCCGGAGACACCGUUGAUGGAAUCUUUCAAGGAGUUGGAGAUUGCAUCCAUGUUUCAGAAGCAUAUAGUAAGGUUGGCAGUACAAUAGCUUUGUAAACAAGCAUUUUUUGUUUCUCUGCAAAUGUCCCAGUCCUCAAACACUCUGCACUUCAAUCAGGAGAAAGCCGCACUCGCAGAGCUCAGGCGAUGCUAGAUUUCAGCAUAGAAGCAGCCUCCCACCGGUGGUGGCACCAGUAGAGGCAGAUAUACGAAGAAAUUUAAAAAAAAAAUCAAACAAAGUUUUACAAAAGAACCAGAAGCCUUCCUCUUGGGAAUAUUCGGACCAGAGUUUUCUAAGGAAAAAAGAAGAAUAUUCUUAUACACUGCAAAAGCAGUGAGAAUACUGAUUGCCAAAAAAUGGAAAGGUGAAAUGAUAUCAUCAAAAGAGGAAUGGCAGGAGAAACUGUUUGAAUAUCUUGAAUUAGCAAAAAUAACUGAGACAAUUAGGAGACAGCCAACCCAAAGGUAUAAAAAAGAAUGGGGCAUUUAUAAAGAAUAUUUAAUUAAACAUUGCCCGCAAGUGAAAACCUGGACAUGAUUUGACUAAACUCCUCAAUCUGUAAAUUAGAUAAAGAAUACAUGAGACAAAAUAAGAGAAAGAAAUGGAGAUGAGGAAUACUGGAGCAGUGAUAAUAAAGGGGGGGUGAACCCUCAAUGAGGAGAUUGGAAGUCAUAUGGAGAACUUAAGAAAUUGUGAAUUAAGAAAAAGAUUUAAAUAAUACAAGUCUUCUUUAGGAAUUUAAGGAUUUAUACAAAUUUGUUUAUCUGCAAUUACUCCAUGUGUAUUGUGUAAAUGUGUGUAGGUUAUUUGAAUAUAAGUCUGUCUCUGCUCUCUCUCUGUCGUUGACUAAGUGCUAGGAUUGGGUUAUUGUUGCCAGUGAGUUCCUAGGCAGCGCUGCGCCUGCAUUGUCUUUGGCGAGCCCCAGGUCUCCACAAGGCAGCCAGCAAGAUAAAGAAGAGGAUGGCGCAUUGUUCUUAGAGGAAAUGGGAACCACCUCUAAUCUCUGACUCCUAGGCUCAGCGUGAAAGUGAAGUCCCUUGUCGUCGGAGCAGCCCCCCAAAGGUCACGGAAAGGCAACGCUCUUGAAAGCAAAAGGGUGAUUCUCCCUUGUUGCAAUUCCAGAAAAAUAGGCAUCACUCGCCAUAGCAUGCUUGCACGAUGCGCAGGCCCAGCCCCCUCGGUCAUGGGGUCAAGGUGGUGCGCUUGGUCCCAGAUUCAUCCCCUGGUGUCUAUAGUAAGGACUGGGAAUGUCCUCUGCCUGUCAGUGUCCAGAAUAUUGAGCUAAAGGGACCAGUGAAUCGGACUCAGCAUAAGGCAGCUCCCUAUGUCCUUUUGUUGUUGCCUGAAGUCUUACUUGCUUCGCCAAACCUUUAUUAGGCAUUACAAAUACAGGCCAUCAUAAAACAUCCAUAUAUAAUUUUUUAAAAAAAUAUGUACAAAUAAACAGCCAUGUAAAAUAUGUAAUAAUGAGGGUUUCCGUUGGUGUUUCUUCCCGCUAAAUAGUGCCAUUCACCGCUCUAAGAGAUACUAUUGACAAAAACUCAGCCACCCUUGCAGUUACUUCCGGGUUAAUGGCAGACAGAUAGGAUCUGAUAUUUUCAUUGUGCCGCGAUGUUAGACUAUCCAAAGAAGGGGCACAGCACGUGUUUGCAUAGCUGGUUGUACAAUGGACAGUAGAAAAGAAUAUGUUCUACAGUGUCCGGACUGAAGUCUUAUCCUUUGUGUGUUUUGGUAAUUUAAAUGUCUGUUUUAGUUAUGCUCUUGUAUUCUAUUGUUGUGUAUGCCAUCUUGAACAUUUCUAACUGAAUAUAUAAACCAGAGAACAAAUUGUAACAUAGAAAUUUAAACAUUACAGUAAGCUUGCAACUUAUGCAGGGGUUAUGUUCCAGGGAUAGCACCUAAAGCCAAACCCACGUAUAGUCAAAACAUACUGGGUUAAAUGGCGGGUAGGAUUGCCAAAGCUUUUCUUCCUGGGUGCCCAUCCCUUUUCUGCCCCCUUUUAAAUUCUGUUUUUUUUAAAUGCCAAGCUGAUGCACACAGGUUAAAUGUGCAUAAGUUGUGGGUGUAUUAUAUUAUGAAUUUAUUCAAAUUUAUAUACACACAUUAUAUAUGUGUGUGUGUGUGUGUGUUACUAAUAAUAUGAAGUGAUGGUAUUUCAUGCAUAAAAUAAUCUACCUAUAAAGUCCAACCAUUCAUUAAUAUUUAAUGCUCAAAAAUUCAAUAUUUCCUUAAAUUCAAAAUUUCUUCUCCUCCCCCACUGAUAAUAAAAAUAAUAUUAGAAAAAUAUUGUAAUUAUUGUGUUUGAAAAGCCUGCUGUCUUGUUCUGUCCUGAUAAAUAUGGAUUUGUUGCUUCUGUAAUUUUAUCAUUCCAAUAAGCAGUGAAUGUUUUUUUAAAAAAAAACUGGAAAAGAUACAAAUAUGAAAUUAAUAUAAGGGGGUGAGCACUAAUGUACUAUUGUUUACGAACAAUUGAGGAAGGACGAUCCUACUUCAAAGGGGACUCCUCCAUAUUAUGACACCUAUCAAUUCAUGGGUGACAACUCUGUCACUGUAACAACUACAUUUGGAUUUCAUAAUAAACCUGGGGUUCAAAUGCUCUCUCUCCCCUCUCCUUUUCCAGGCUGACUUCAAUAAGUUCAAAAGACUUCACUUCUAUUUUUUAUAUUCAGUUUGCCAACUACCCGAAACUGACAUACUGUCCUUCCUUCCUCCUCCUCCUCCUCCUCUCUCUCUCUUAAAAAGUCAAUUUUAAAACACGAGUUGUGAAGCUGACUUGUUUCAAGAAACUAUAGGUAAGAUUAAGUACAGUUUAGGGUUCGGAUGUAAUGCUAAACUGUGGUUAACUGAAAGCUGAAGCUUCCAGACAGCGCCCCCUCAAUCCUUUGCUGUUGCCAUAAUUUUUGUAAGUUACAGAAUCUGGCUUUUCAUAGGGUUUGGCUAAGAAUCCACAGAUCUACAAGUUCCAGGAACCGUAUGCCUAACCUCUGAAACGGAGGCACCCCAGAAAGAGCCUCUCAAAUGAUGGACGAGAUUUGCAAAGGAUGCUUCACCAGCUGCCCCCUACAGAUGUUCUGAUGCAUUACACCCAUGAUAUGCAUAUGCUGGCUAGGCCUGAUGGGAGUUGUAGUUCUAGACAUCUGGAGGGCAUGAGGUUGGCAAAGGCUGGUAUGGAAGAAGAAAACCAUUCCUGGCUCCAUCUAAACUGCAGUCCCAUUUCUAAAGCUAGACCCACAUGGUCCUGGUCAAAGUUGAGUUUGGACAAACACCACUCUGGGCUCCAUGGAGGGAAGAUAACAGAUUUCCAGUAAAUAAAAUGACAAAAAAUAUUUUUUCUCCUUUAAAAACUUAAUCAUCCUCAUCUAUCUUUGCAGGAGGCGGAGGGAAGCGGAAAGGGAGAAGUAAGAAAUGGAGAGAGAUUCUCAAGUUCCCGCACAUCAGUCAGUGCGAUGACCUUCGGAAAGGCCUGGGUAAGUGGCAAAGUCAGGCGCAUCCAGCCAGCUGAGCUUUCAUUCAGAGUUUGGGAGACGGAGGCUGGGUGGCAGAAAGGGGUGCUGCAAGAACCAGCCAGACUUGCUCGCCAGAGGAUUUGCAGGGUGGUGGGAGUGCAACAGCAGAGAUCAUUCUGUGCGCAGCUUACGGGUUAGUAAAAGAUCCAUCGCAUCCUGGUCACUGUCUCUUCGAGCUCUUGCCGUCGGGACGGAGAUACAGGACGAUGAAGACAAGAACGAGCCGUCUUAAGAACAGCUUCUUCUCCAGAGCGAUCUCGGCCCUGAAUGGGAAGCCCGGACUUUGAAAGUCAUCUAAUCUCCCUUGCUGUAUUAUACUGUAUUGAUUAAUUAGUGUUUUUAUGGAGCAGUCAAGUAAUUUGGUUGUCCCCGAAGGGGGCAAUGACAAUAAAGAUAUUAUUAUUAUUAUUAUUAUUAUUAUUAUUAUUAUUCUGUUAGCAUUAAAGCCAAGAGGUGGAGGUGCUGCUUAGCGAUAGGGCGUAUGAUGUUUGCCGAGGUAGCCCAUGCCCCGAUGGCUGUGUAGUUCUUUGGUGAGACCUCCUCAGUAGUUUGGUUGAUUAUCUCCAUGCUAUGUAGAAGGCCUGAGGCAAGAAAGAGAAAACCUCCCUUUACUCAAAUCAUACGCCGUUUUUCUUCAGUUUCUUCAGUAAAGUAUUAUUAGGAUUAUUAUUUUUCAUCUGGACUGUGCCUGGAUUAUUUAAGUGCCUUUGCUAAUGUGAGGAUGUUGUACAAGGUGUGCUACUAGCAGAGCCUGUCUACUCAGAGGUAAGGCCCACCGUAGCUGUCUUCGGGCAUCUGUUGGACAUGUAACAUUGCAAACUGGAGAUGGAGGCCGAGGCAUGCGUGUGAGCUCCGACCCCAAAGGCGCCAGCAGAGUUGGCCCUACCAAGAGGCAGAAUGAGGCGGCCACCUCAGGCACCAGAUAUUGGUGGGGUGGCAAGGUGUUGGAAGACGGUGCUGUAUUUGCUACGUGUGCAAAUACUGUGCCCCCUAAGCUAGCCUGCUGCCCUCUGCUGUAGUGGAGGACUCACUUCACCAGUGCUGAAUCCUAGGCCCCAUUCAAACAGAAUCCUGGAAGUGUAGCUUGUUAAAUGUGCUGUGUGUUGUGAGGAGACCCCCCCUAUUCCCCCCACAGAACUACAGUUCCAGAUUGAUCACCUUUAAUGAUCAACUCCUCUUCCCAGGGAACUCUGGGAGUUGCAGCUCUGUGAGGGGAAUAAGGGGUCGCCCAGACAUUUCCAGCACCCUUAAGGAAAUACAGUCCCACCAACUAAAGAACAACGGCAAGAGAAGUUGAUGAACUAUGCAGAACUGGCAAAAAUGACAGAAAUCAUAAGAGAAAAAAGACAACAGAGACUUUGAAAAAGAGUGGGAACCAUUCAUAUUAUAUUUGCAGAAACAAAGAAAGGCAAUAGACUUGAUGGCAGGAUUUAAAUAAACAUUCACAUUAUUAGCAUCAGAAAAUGUUUAGAAAAUAGUGAAACAAGAUGAUGUAUUUAAUUUUAAUUUUAUGUUUUUAGAUUUGAUGUUAUGUUAUUAAUAACCUUUUCUGCUGAGAGAUAGCAAAGCGGGUGAAAACAGAAACAAACCAGAAACGCAAGUUGGGGGAAGUCUUGGGGGGGAGGGAAGGAGGAAUAUAUAGUGAACAUUAAGAAUUUGAAAUUUAUGUAAUGAAUGAAAAUGAAAAAUGAAUAUUUUUUAUUUUUUUAAAAAAAGGAAAUACGGUCCCCAGAAUUCUCUGGGGAAGCCAUGACUGUUUAAAGUGGUACUGUAGUGCUUUAAAUAUGUAGUGCAGAUGGGUCCUAGGCCGUGUGUGGAAAGGGAGUUUGCCCUCUUGCCCUUCAGGCAGCAAAACGCCUUAGGCUGACUCUGUUUUUAUCCCUCUGUUUUUCGAAGAUGCCUGCUCUUCCCCCAGGCUCUUGAGAAGUGUGAGGGACUUCUUCUGCGCAUGCCUCCCUCCCCGUGCUGAAGUUUGUUCUCAAGGCGUGGGGCUGGGCUAUGAGAGCGCGCAUGUUCCUGCGGCUUGGACGUGCAUUUCCGCAGAGGCCUUCUCCUCCUUGGCCAAGGGGGAGGGCAGGGGGUCUGAGAGGAGCAGGAACGGAGGUCUCAGCAAGGAGGCGCAGCGUGUCAUGCCUGUGGCAGCCAGAGGUCACAGGCCUGGAAUGCGCAAGUGCGCAGCUGAGCACAGCAUGCAGUUGCCCCGUGCGACACCCAGGAGGAGGCAGCCCUGAGAAGCGUCUGCCACGCUGACUUUACGCGCGACCUGCGGACGUAUUUGUGGGGUGGGGUGGAGAUGGAGGGGCUAUCGCUUUCCUAACAGUUCAAUUUUUGUUUGUCUUCUCCACACCCCUCGGGACUGGCCAUUCCUUAGAACUCCCAUUAACAGUCACGAGGCAGCUUUAAAGAGCAGGGUUUGCAGAUUGACUCACGGCCCAAAAUGUAUAGCAUGCUAUUCAGUUAAGUGUUACUAAGAGCAGAGCCAUUGAAAUUAAUGACCCUAACUUAGUCGUGUUCAUUCAUCUCAGUGGACUUGCCCCAAGGCCUCAGCUGCACUAUGCAUUUAAGCAGCUUCAUAUCACUUAUCAUAGAAUUGCAGAGCUGGAAGGGCCCUUGAGGGUCAUCUAGGCCAACCCCCAGCAAUGCAGGAAUCCAAUUUGAAACCUCACUUAGCUUUGCAAAUGUGCUAGCAGUUUUAUUGCUGCGCCAACUCUGAACAGGCAUGGCUUUCCCCAAAGAAUCCUGGGAACUGUAGUUUCAUAAAGGUGCAGAGAGUCAUUGGGAGGCCCCCGUUCCCCUCCCAGAACUACAAUUCCCAGUGUUCCCUAGGAAAAGUGAUGGAUUAUUUAACUGUAGCUCUGUGAGGGCAAUACAGUGGUACCUCUGGUUGCGAACAGGAUCUGUUCCGGAGGCCCGUUUGCAACAGGAAGAGAGCACAACCCGCAGCGGCACAUCUGCCCACGCGCAGGUUGCGAUUCACCACUUCUGCGCAUGUGCAUGAUGUCAUUUUGUGCUUCUGCGCAUGUGCGAGUGGCAAAACCCGGAGGUAACCCUUUCUGGUACUUCCGGGUCACCACGGGACGUAACCUGAAAGAACGUAACAUGAAGCGGACAUAACAUGCGGUAUGACUGUAGUUUGUUAAGUUCUGAAUUGUAGCUCCUGGCCCAGUAGUCUGCCCACUACAACACAGUGGUGCUUGAGGGUGGAGAAACUGCUUCUUUCUUUGUAUUCCAGUUAAAACAGUGCACACAGCUGAUGUGUCAUUUUUCACCUGCCCUUGAAAAAACAACAACCCAUUCUUCCAUUUCUUCCUUUGCAGAACGAGACUACAGCAGCUUGUGUGACAAGCAACCGAUUGGCCGGCAGCUUUUCCGACAGUUCUGCGAGACGCGGCUGGAGCUCCUCCGGUGUAUCCACUUCCUGGAUGCUGUGGUAAGGCAAGUGCCAUGCCUAGAGCGGGUCUGGCUCAGAGGCAUGUUUGCUGCUCAGAGCUGUCCACCUUGGGCUCGCUUGUGUGAUGCUUUCUGGGGAGCCUCUGUUUAAAUACUGUAUAAGGCUAUUGAAGAGGGACGCGGGUGGCGCUGUGGGUAAAACCUCAGUGCCUAAGACUUGCUGAUCGUAAGGUCGGCGGUUCGAAUCCCCGCGGCGGGGUGAGCUCCCAUCGUUCAGUCCCAGCUCCUGCCCACCUAGCAGUUCAAAAACACGUCAAAGUGCAAGUAGAUAAAUAGGUAUCGCUUUAUAGCGGGAAGGUAAACGGCGUUUCCAUGUGCUGCUCUGGUGCUGGCUUGCCAAAGCAGCUUCGUCACGCUGGCCACGUUACCCGGAAGUGUCUCCGGACAGCGCUGGCUCCCGGCCUCUUGAGAGAGAUGAGCACGCAACCCUAGAGUCGGACACGACUGGCCCAUACGGGCAGGGGUACCUUUACCUUUACCUUUUUAAGGCUAUUGAAAUGGGUAGAGCGUAGAACUAGGGUAGACGGGCCCAAGUUCAAUCCUCAAUAUUGCUGGUUAAAAGGGUCUUAAGCACAUCACGGCCCUGCAGGAUCAGGCCAAGGACCAACUUACAGCAUCCUAUUCUUUAUAUAGCCAGUGUGGUGUAGUGGUUAAGAGCGGUAGUCUCAUAAUCUGGGGAACCGGGUUCGCGUCUCCGCUCCUCCACAUGCAGCUGCUGGGUGACCUUGGGCCAGUCACACUUCUCUGAAGUCUCUCAGCCCCCCUCACCUCACAGAGUGUUUGUUGUGGGGGAGGAAGGGAAAGGAGAAUGUUAGCCGCUUUGAGACUCCUUAAAGGGAGUGAAAGGCGGGAUAUCAAAUCCAAACUCUUCUUCUUCUUCUAUAUGGUCUCUCUAUAUAUAAAGUUAGGCUUUUUAGCAUAUCAUUUUCAACAAUUAUUAAACAUACUUUUAUAUCUUAUACAAUUUUUUGACUUCCAUCAAUCACAUCUGAAAAAUUUCCAAUCUUUUUCACUUGAUUUACAUUUCUUACUUUCACUAUUACAUUUAAAUAUCAUAACUAAUAUCUCUCUUCUUUCCAAUAUUUCGUGUAUUCCUCCUUACAAAACUUCUUGUAGUCCUACUAGCAUAAUUUGUUGAUUACAAUUGCUCUUCAAAUAGCUCGUAUAUUUCUUCCAAUCUUCUGUAAAUCUCUGGUCCCGCAGGUUUCGAAUCCUUCCUGUCAUUUUGUCCAGUUCUGCGUAGUCUGUUAAUUUCAUCUGCCAUUCUUGUUUCGUCAGUAUUUCUUCUUGCUUCCAUUUCUGGGCCAACAAAACUCUUGCCGUACAGCAUCCUAUUCUCACGGUAGCCGAUCGCCUGCCUGUGAGAAGCUUGCAAGCCAGACCUGAGUGCCACACUUGUGAUUCCCGCUUGUGAUUCCUGGCAUCUGCCUCUGACCGUGAAGGUGGAACACAGCCAUUUUUAUCACAGCUCAUGGUUUAUCUGGAGCGAGACAAACCACAGUCCGGGGUGGCUCAGCCCCUGAUGGCGUGGUGGCGACAGGACUGAGGGAGGAAUACCAAGACCAAAAUCUUUGCUCUAGAAACCCACACAUCUCUUAGUUUGCGCUAAGCCAUGGCUUGGUUUAGUAUUACAUGCAAACCCAGCCUCCGAGAAGAGAGAACUAAUUUGAACCCUCACUUGGCCGAGAUGCUCAGUGGGUGUUCUUGGGGAGGCCACUAUUUCUUUAAAAAAUAUUUAUAUUUUGUUGAAAAUUAUAUCUUAGCUUGGUCUCCCUUUUCAGGGUUGUUGUGAUGUUAAAAUGGAUGCCACUUUGAACUACUUGGAUGGAGAGCUGGAUAAAAAGAGAAUUAAGUAGCUAAAUGUGCUACUACAUGACACUGAUAUCCCUUCCAAGAAGUUCAUGCAUUGUACAUGCAUUGCACAUGGCUUUCCCCCUCUAACUUCACAACAAGCCCGUGUGAAGUCAUGCAUGGUGCUUCAUGACGGUGUAGGGAUUUGAACCAGAACUCAGCCAUGCAAUUUUUAAUCAGCCUUGAUCCCACACUCUUAACUCAGGGGUUGCUGUGUGCCCACUCGUGUGCAUGGGUGGAGUCCAGAGAGAAAAGUUGAUAACACCUGACUGAGGAAAGGGAGCAAAAAAAUUGUAUAAUUUCAGGAGAAAGGAACAGAGAGGAUUUGCCUUUCUUAGGUAAGGCCUUGUACAUAGAAGGGAGACAUUCAGCCAAACAUACAGAAUAAGAACUCCCUCAGAACUACACAGGCAAUUGGAGCAGGUGAAGAUCUUGCUACUCAGCCUUGUUGCUGAGCAAUACCUCCAUCCCUCUAGGUUAUCUGACUUACUGAUAGGAGAAUUAACCCUUAAGUUACUCACGAAAUGAUCUCUGCUGUUGCAUCUCCAACAUCUGCAGGGCUCCCUCUGCUCACUAGAGUUAGACUUGAAAGAAGCAUUCUACACUAGCCAAUAGAAUAGACGAGAUGGCAGGUUGUGUCUGUUGCGCACAACAGUUUCUCCAGUUUGCAAAUGGGGGCCCAAAAGAUAGUUGACUCCUUCUCUACCAAUCCUAACCAUAGUGGAAUAUGUAGUUCACUGUACACCUCUGGACAUAGGCAUUAUUCUAUUUUAAUCACACCCUUUCCAAGGGGCUUUUUUUCUUCUUCUUCUUCUUCUUCUUCUUCUUCUUCUUCUUCUUCUUCCUCUUCCUCUUCCUCUUCCUCUUCCUCUUCCUCCUAUUCUUCUUCAACAUCAUCAUCCAUUCAUUUCAUUUCUAUACCACUUUAUAUUUUUUUGGGGGGGAGGAUCUCAACGCGGUUUACAACAUACAUUAAAACAUAAAAUAAAACAAUCCAGAGUGAAUCAUUACUGAAAAAGUCCAAUAUAAAAUAUACAUUCAAAGCAGCAUAUUAACAGGAAACUAAAAUAUUACCUUAAAGAUUUCAAAAGAAAACAUUACAAAGGAGUUCAUCUACAGAAUGCCCAUUUAACGCAACAAAUUUAACAAACAAAAAUCUUAAACAUUUCAAAAGAAAACAUCACUAAAUGAAGUCAAAUAUAAAAUGCACAUUUAAAACAGCAUAACUAACAAGAGAGUAAAAUAUUUUCUUAAUCCUGUGUGGUAGGUUGAGCCAGGAUAAUGAUUUUUUUCAAGUCUGCUGAGUGAGUUUCAUAGUGAACAGGGAUUAGAAAUUGAGGUUCCUGCAUGCAAAUAACAUUCUAGUCAGCAUUGGCCCAAGACAUUUUGCUUCCUGAGGGAAAACAGAAAACGCAGACAGAAUUAAGGUGGGUAUUACCCAAGGCUGACCAGGUUAUGUUGGCACCUGGGGCAGAAAAAUCCCCAAUCUGCAUUUCGUUUGGAGUAAAAAUACAGUAUUAAUAAACUGAAUAACGUACAAUGUGCUGCUCUUUCAUGGCCUCCAUAUCAAGCUGCCUGAAGCAGCUGCUUCACUCUGCCUAACAGUAGAGGCAGCCCUAAAUCUAACCACUUUGCUAGACUUGUAGAUUUCUGGACCCCUGCCUGGGAUGUGUGUAUCGUCCCUCCAUUUCUAGAAUCCAUGGGCAGUUUUCAAAAAGAGCCUAUAGAAAGCCACAACUCUUUCAGAUCUCGAUUAUUUUCACAGAUCCCUUUUCCCUGUUAUUUUCACUAAAUUCACUUCCCCGCCGCUGCUGCCUUCCUGAUUUGCUCGUGAGGGGAAGGCGAAAAAAUGAUUUCCUGAAGAGCGACCUUUUCCGCUGGGAGAGGAGAGUUUCUCGCCCAUUCUAAAGUCAACGGUGCAAAAAUUCCAUUCAGAUGACGUAUAAUUUAAAAGUCAGCCCUUCAUCCGAAAUAAUAUCCUAGUGUUUUCAUGAGCUUCGCCCCACCACCCCCUUCGUUCUUUUCAAGGCUUGCUGGUUCUGGAAGCAUUUUUUUGCAUCCAGCAGAACAAACUAUUGCUCCAGGUCAUGUCAACUCAUUUUAAGCUUAAAGGAAAUUUAUUUUUUCUUCUUUCUUUAUUCUUGCAAGCUCACACAAAGUUUUGAUCUGAAAUCCAUUUGCUCCUACUCUGAGCUUAUACGAUGCCAAGAGGCACUUUUCGAUGUUGUUUAAGAGGGAACAUAAGCCUCAUAAAAUGAUCUGUGUUUCCCAUUACCAAACUGUGUUUAUGCAAUUGAACAUCUCUCUCCCCAACUCCCCCUCCGUCCGCAUUGAAGGUGGCUUGUCGAACCCACUUCAGUUUGUGUCCCUGUGUGUAACAGGGAGAAGUCGCGGGCCCUGCUAGCAAAUUUUAAACCAGCGUACACAAAAGUUAGGCCUUUUUCUUAUUUGCAUAAGCUUGCUGCUUGUGAAUGACAGGAAUGCUGAUCUGGUCAGAUGGCUGCUAAAUGGGAAACACAUGCUCGGAAAGCGAUCCUCCGCAAGGCUGUGACGGUUGCAGCUAGCAAAGGGCUUAACGAUGAAAACUCGCAGUGUGUUAAAAAACUUGGUUCGGAGCCCUGCUGUGAGCCAGGGACCUUUCUUUACAAGGGAAGUUAUGAGAGUUUUUGUUGGAUGCUUUGGCUUUGAAGGAUUGGAAAGAACCAGCUUACCUUCCUCAAAGUUCAGGGAUCCUUUCCGCAACCUCCAUUCAAAGAAUGUACAGUCUGUUCCCCCAUGUACACAAAUGGUUGAGUGGUACACUCGUAGGCCAUUGUGAACAAGUGUACAGUCCGUGUCUGCAAGAGUUGAGCUGUACAAAUCGAUAAGGGUACGCAAACAAAUGCUUGUACGUGUUUAGAGACAGCUGGUCCUUGUGCUCCGCGUGAUACGUGAAUUAUCCUUCUGAGCUCUCAAAAAAGGGCACAACUUAGGGUGCCCCCAAGCAUUGCCAAAAAAGAAUUCACUUAAAUAUUGCAGACAGAGUCCAGUGGGAAAGGAAAUCCUUGACACCAUUUUACUAAGGAAACUGCACAAAAGCAGUGUAGAAUCUGAAGAGCAAUAAACAGAGAGGUUUGCCAUUCUCACUUCAGACCUUGUACAUGGCAGGGUGAUAGUCAACCAAACACACAUAGGAAAAACUGCUUGAGCUACCUAGCCAAUCAGGAUGUGCGCUGCCCCAGGAAAUUUCAUGCUAUUCUGCCUGGUUCCUAAGCAAACACCUCCACACAUCCCCCCACCCCGAAGUUGACUUUGUUGCUAACAGAAUUAACCCUUUAGCACAUGGAAUGAUCUCUGCUGUUGCACUUCCAACAGCUGAGCCCAGCCUUCAAGAAGGGGAGCAGUUAAACAGGUACAUUAUGAAGAACAAAUUCAUCACACAGCAGCAAGGAGUAUAAAUAGAGAAGCACCGGGCAUUGAGUAGGCACAACUGGAUAAUAAUAAUAACAACAACAACUGUACUCUCCCGUCUCUUUUUUCCAGCUGUGGGUGGCCCUGCUCCGCCGUAGCUACAGAGGGAGCUCCUUACAGGCACCCCUGCAGCCCAGGGUCAGCUCAGAGAGCUUUCUUCUACCCCCACUGGAGAUGCUGCACAUUCCUUCCCAUUUGCUACGCUGCGGCCUUUUCAUUAAGGAGAACAUACGUGUCACUUGAGCCUUGAGAAGCAAUGACUCCUCAGCCAUCCCAGCUAUCCCCCUGCCGCUUCCUACAUUGGCACGUCCUGCUUUUAAGAAAGAGGAAGGUUGUGUUGUUGUUUUUAAAAAAGAACAAACCAAACUCUAUGCACCUGCUCCUCUCUUCUCCUCUGACUGGCUGCUUCUUCAACUCUGGCUAUUCACUCCAGUUCCAUAUUUGACUUGAAUGCACUCUUGCGUUGUGGUCCGUUCUCUCCAGGACAUGGCAGGCCAAUUAACCCUUUGCCUGCUCCUCAUCCCUGCCAUUUCUGUGUGUGGCAGAGGGAGGGUGGCUGGGUGGGUGGGUGGGUGGGAGAGAGGGCGUUUUCUUGUUUCUCUCCCUCUCUCGUCUCCUAGCACCGAGCUGUGUUCCAAAACAAUUGGGAGGGGAGCUGCAGGUCAGAUUUUUAUAGCAGCAGCGUGCUCCUCUCUGUAGUACGAGGCAAACAGCUUUCAUCCUGUGGAAAAGGGCCAGGAAGGAGGGAGGUGGACCCCAGAGCAGGGAAAAGAACAUGUUUUUUUUUUGUGUGUGUGUAUGCAUAAAGGGGACCUCUUGCAUGCAAGGUUUCCAGUUCCCGCACUCAAAAACUGCGAGGCACCAAAAGUCUAUCGCAGCAUAAAGUAGCUAUGAGCAGGUGAGUUGUUCAGUACCAGGCUGAUGUAUGGCAUGCGUUCAUAAGUGCCAGCCUUUGCCAUCCUGGUGCCCUCCAACUGCUUUGGAUGGCAACUGUGCUGGCUUGGGAGUGAAGGGAAGCCUAGUCCAAAAUAUGCAAAGGACACCAGGUCUGCAAAGGCUGGAGUAUGUGUAGAAAAGCACCUGAAAUUAUAAGAGGAAGAGCAGAAGCGUUUGCAGUGGAGCUGGUCUCUUUGAGCAAAUAGGGCAGUGCCCCAGCAGCCUCAAGUCUGUCUCAGCCAGCCCCCACCUGCCUGCUUCCUUACUUAACAACCAGCCCAUGGGGGGCACUGCCCACCAUGAUACCCCUCCUUUCUUUCAGUUUUGCCCUGGGAGAUCUCAGCAGGGAGAAUGGGGACAAAACUAGGAGUUGGUUCUGUUUGUCAUUGGGGUCUGGCGCCACCUACUGUCUGCCUCCUUGCCUUCCAUCCUACCAGUCCCAAUGGGCGCCAGCCAAACUGACAAACAAAAGGGAAAUGGGAGCAGGAAUGGCAUGCCGGAGGAAGCAUCCUUUUAAUCGGGUAGACUGUUAGUUCAUCUUGGUCAGUAUUGUCUAUUCUGACUGGUAGCAUCUCGCCAGGGCAUCAGGAAGAGAUCUCGUCAGGAAUGUAUGGGUGUUCUCCAGAAUCAAGGUUGCAGCUGAUGUGUGCAUGUCUUUCUCAGGUCUGAUCAACCUGUUGCCUUUUCUCCUGUCCCAGGUAGAAUAUGAGGUUUCCCCAGAUGAGAAGCGGAAGGAAAUGGGAGAAGAGAUAAUCCGCAACUUUUUCAACAGCAAAGUAAGUAUAUUAUUUCUGUGGGACAAGGGUAAAAGCUUGUGUCGAGAACUGCUGACGGCUCCCCCGUGUGGUGAUUCACUUCAUUGUGGCUUCCCAGGAAGCGGGCUGGCUCCUGAGCUGAUUCCACCAAGGCCAGCCAUUGACUCCUCGUGGGCAGGAAAAAGUAUAAAAGGGCAUCCUAGGUAAAUUCUGCUUUGCUUAGCUGACAAGGCCAUGCUGAGCUCUAGUGUACCUAGCCUUGCUCUUUGUUCUUGACACUAGUUUGCCCUCCCAUCACAGAUCAGGAUUUGCUUUUUAGACCUGACUCACUGCAGCCCCUUUUCCAUGCCCCAGUCCUGAUAUAAUCAAGCUGAUGUUAGAACCGGGUCUGCCCUUUGGAACUCCCUCCCACUGCAUACCGGGCAGGUGCCUCCUCUGUUGUCUUUCUGGCUUCUUCAAAAUGCAUUCCUCUUUCAAACUCUUUAUUCCAGUUGAUAUCUGUUUUGAAUUUGUAUGGAAUUUAUGUGUGUGCUGCUGUUGUUUUAAAAUGUUUUUAUAUUUUUAAUUGUUUUUAUGUAUGUAACACACACACAAGUGUGUGUGCUUGUUGCUGUAUUGUAAAUUGUUUUGGGAUGCCUCAUGGGAAGUGAUUCAUAAAUGAAAUAGAUCACUAUCAGCGUUGGAUCUGUACUGAGGAUUGCCAGCCUUUUUUGGUCAGUGGGCAUGAAGCUUAGCACGCCUUUCUGUGUUAAUUGUUUCUAGGGGGAAAAAUCCAUUUGCAUUCUACUUAAUAUGGAAAAUUACCCCAAAAACAGAUUCUCUGCCAUUGAGUGGUAGUUCAACAGCACCUGAAGAACAUCAGCUGGGGAGGAGUGGAAGCUGGGCCAAAUGGGGGUGGGGAUCAGAUAAUGCUCCAGAUCUGAGCCUGUGGUGGAGGCAGAAAUGAAGUCCAGCACUCAAGACACUUCAAGCGUAUGUCACUCAUGGCUGGUGUUGUUGUUUAUUUAGUCCCCAGGCUACAUAGCAGAGAUCAGCCAGUCCCUCGUGAACCAUUGCACGGAGAAUCUGCAGAGAAGCGCCUGCAAAGACCUCUUCAGCAGCUGUGUGCAGUGAGUGCCAGGCCCUGGGGAGAUGGGUGGGUAGUGGUGGGUAAUUUCGUUCCUUGACACUACAGUACUACGGCCACGUUCAUAUCAUAUCACGGUUUAUUGUGAUGCCCAGAUGCACUCACUGGGGCUUGCUGCUUAAGGUGGAGCCUCACCUUUCUUAGCAGGCCGAGACAGGCAGGGACCGAAUUAAAUUUCUUUGUCGAUUAAGUCCAAGGUGGGCAGGAGCUCUGUUGAUCUUGAUGGCAAGCACCAAGCACAUGUACACGUGGGUACAAUCUGUACCUCCAGCUCUGGGAGUUGCGACUCUGUUUCAUCAGCCCAUCUCCAAGCCUUGAAGAGUCGGCCCAAUCUUAAUUUGUGUCUUUUUCACAGGCACCUACACGAGUACCUCAGUGGAGCUCCUUUCACGAACUACCAGGACAGCAUGUAUUUUGACAGAUUCCUCCAGUGGAAGUACCUGGAGAGGUAAGGUGGUGUUCUUCAUCACCCAAAACCCCUCUUGUUCCUUUGCCAAACUGAUGCUCACCUGAAUGGAGUUUUCGUGUACUUUGUUGUUUCAGGCAAUCAGUGACCAAAGACACCUUCAGACAAUACCGGAUCCUUGGCAAGGGAGGCUUCGGAGAGGUAGGGAGAUGAUUGGCAGCCACAGGGGCUGCUUCUGGUGUGGGGCAUUGCAGAAAGCUUUAGGCUCCCGAAGGCACAGGAUACAUGAUUAUCAUAUAUCUGACCAUGCUUAAAACACUGGUGUUGUUAUUACUUACUUUUAGUUAUGUAUUUAUUGAUAUCCUGCCUUUCCCCCUAAAAACACAGGAAAACCAAUUAUUAAAACACAAAAGAACAUUGAUAAAAUUAAAACUAUAUGCAUAUGUAAAACCUAUUAAAACCAUGCCAAUAAUUACCAUAAAAACAGCACAGCGCCAGCCCUAUCAUUAAAAGCAGUCAGUCUGCCCCAAAGCCCGUUGGAAGAAGAAAGCCUUCACCUGCCGGCAGAAGGACAAGGGGGGAUCCAACUGAGCUUCUCUAGGGAGGGAUUUCCAGAGUCUGGGAGUGGCUGCUGAGAAGACCCCUGUGAAAAGGUGAAUUGCCAUGGUCAUUAGUAGCAGUGACUAUAGCAAGGAGCCAUAGCUCAGUGGCAUGUUCUGCACGCAGAAGGUUCCAGGUUCGAUCCCUGAUGCCUUUCAUUUAAAGGAUGAGGUAGCAGGUGACAGGGAAGACCUCUGCCAAAGACAAGAGUGGAGAACCUCAGGCCUAGGACCAAGGGGGGCCCCCCAUGCCUCUCUCUGUGGACCCCAGAACUCUCCCUGGACCACACACCUUACUGACUCAGCUCUGCACCCUCUUGAGCGUUUUUGCCUGGCUGGAGUGUGUCCCUAAACUCAGAUGGAGGACAGAGAGUGAUGCAUGAGCACGUGUAGAAACUUGACUGCUGUUCAAAGGUAAAAUUUAGGGUUGCCAUAUUUCAAACAGUGAAAAGUCGGACAGACAGAAAACUUGUUGAGCUUUUUUUGGCAAAGUUUUGGAGCUAUUUUUAACGAGAAAUGGCAAAAAUGGCACUGCCAACAUGGGCUGCUAUAUGUCUGGAUUUUCCCGAUUGCAGUCUGGGAAAAUCCAAAUGUAUGGUAACCCUAUAAAACUGUCCCCCAUUGCUCCACCCACCUUUACCUCUGGCCCCUUCCACCUCUGGUGUGUUGUCCCUGGAAGUUUGCCUGAAAUGCAGACAUCAGACUGAAAAGGUUUUCUUACACCUGCUUUAGGGAGGAUGCAAAUCAGCCUUAAAGAGAAUAAGCUGCACCUCCUCAGGUAGAUGAACCAUGCACCAUUUACCUCCAUCUUGUCUGAAUCAAGCUUCAGAUUGCUGGCCUCUUAUCCAACACAUGACAGAUCCCAGCCAUUGAUUCAGCACUUCUGCCACUUUACAUGACUCAGAUGUAAAGGGGAGAGAGAGGGAGAGGGAGAGCGAGAGCUGGACGCCACCAGCAUAUUGAUGGCUCCUCAUCCCACGUCCCCAGAUAAUCUCACUCAGGGCUUUCAUGUUAGAAAAGCACAGGAGAAGACUGAAUCCUGUGGAUCCUCACAGUAUACGUGCCACAGGACUCAGCAGUGGUCUCCUAGCUCCACCUUCUGGAGCCAGCUGUCUUGGCAAAAGUGAAGCACAGUGCUCUCAUUCUCCAACUUCAAGAGCCUGUCCAGAAGGAUAAGGUAAAGGUAAAGGGACCCCUGACCAUUAGGUCCAGUCGUGACCGACUCUGGGGUUGCGGCGCUCAUCUCGCUUUAUUGGCCGAGGGAGCCGGUGUACAGCUUCUGGGUCAUGUGGCCAGCAUGACUAAGCCGCUUCUGGCGAACCAGAGCAGUGCACGGAAACGCUGUUUACCUUCCCACCGGAGCAGUACCUAUUUAUCUACUUGCACUUUGAGGUGCUUUCGAACUGCUAGGUUGGCAGGAGCUGGGACCGAGCAACGGGAGCUCACCCCGUCGCGGGGAUUCGAACCACCGACCUUCUGAUCGGCAAGUCCUAGGCUCUGUGGUUUAACCCACAGCGCCACCCGCGUCCCAUCCAGAAGGAUACCAUGGUCAGUAAUAUCAAAGGCCCCCAAGAGGGGAAUUACCAGGCUCCCAGGCCCCUUGUCCUUCUCCUGGCACAGAACAUCCAUCAGACCAAGGCAGUUUCAAUAUCCAGCUGAGGCCUGAAAUGUAUCUAGAUCAGCGGUUUUCAAACUCCACCCCCCCCCCCAUAUGGGCCACUUGAAAUCUGCUGAGGGUCUUGGUGGGCCACUUAAGGAUUUUUCUGCCUGAUUGGACAGUUAGAGUGUUCAGUGCUAGCUAGAUGCUGCAUGGUAUUUAAAUGUAUUCUGGCUGCAUCUUUUAUCUCUUACAUAUUGUAUUUUUUAUAUUGCAAUUCAAAUUUCAUAGCAUUCAAAUGCAGUACAAUAUAGGAAAUGAAAGAAGCAAUCAAAAUACAAUUAAAAAUCAAUAUGAAUAACUCCUUUUAACAGCAAGGUCGGGUGGUGAGUGCCGACAGGAUUUAGCCACUGUGGUGGGAAGAAUGGUUUAUCGCGCUUGUAGGGAAUGACUGGCCAAGAGCCCAAAACAGGAGCACUCCUUUUAAGAGGAAGGAUACACCGCAACAUUUUGUUGCAGGUCCUACUAAUAAAUGACAUUGUGCCCCAAAUCACUCUGAGUGAAACAAAAGGACCACAUCACAUGUUGUAUGCCAGCACAUAUAACUACGGACUAACAGCUCUUUAAUUUUAAAAGCAGCUUUAGGGGCGCUCCCUUCAAUUCUUCCCCUGUCUGCCAUUUCCUUGUUCCAAAUUGCUCUCUCUUGCAGGUUUAAAAUGCAGAUUUGCAGAAACAUUGGAGGGCUGAUUCAGAGGAAGGAAAGAAGGGUGUGCCCCUUUCCACCUCUCUCUUUUGCUUCUGAAGUGGUUUUCAUCAAGCUACACAUACACGGCAGUUGCAUGUAUAAUGUGCAGUUUUGCCUGAUAGUACUCUGGUGGGGUGGGUGGGUGGGCAGGGGAGCCAUGAGUUUCUUGCUGCAUCUGACUGUGAAAUUUGAGGGGGUGGGGAGAGACUUCUGAGAGCCUCCCCUGCACUUUGCACCCACAUUUGAAGGGGAUUGUUCGCUGAGUCCCAAUGCAGGACUUGGUGGUUUGCACAUGUGCCUUGAAAGGAUCUGCAAGGAGGGAAGGAGUCCUAUCCUUACUGAGUCUCCCUGGACCACCUGACAUCUGGAAUAACUUGUACUCUGGAGGUUCAAGAGUAAACAGUGUUCCCCCUGGCUGCCUGUUUUUCUUCAAUGAGUGCUAGUGCUUGCAGUAUGUUUCCGAGCACAAUUCAAAGUGUUGGUGCUGACCUUUAAAGCCCUAAGCGGCCUCGGUCCAGUAUACCUGAAGGAGCGUCUCCACCCCCAUCGUUCUGCCCGGAUGCUGAGGUCCAGUGCCGAGGGCCUUCUGGCGGUUCCCUCACUGCGAGAAGCCAAGUUACAGGGAACCAGGCAGAGGGCCUUCUCGGUAGUGGCGCCUGCCCUGUGGAACGCCCUUCCAUCAGAUGUCAAAGAGAUAAACAACUACCUGACAUUUAGAAGACAUCUGAAGUCAGCCCUGUUCAGGGAAGUUUUUAAUGUGUGUCAUUUUAAUGUAUUUUUAAUCUUUGUUGGAAGCUGCCCAGAGUGGCUGGGGAAACCUAGCCAGAUGGGAGGGGUACAAAUAAUAAAUUAUUGUUAUUACUAUCAUAGUGCCUUGUCUGAGCACGUAUGGAUCUCUACCCAAAUCUGUCUGCCCCGCCAUGCCCACUUUUCACCUUGUCCUCAGGUGUGCGCGUGUCAGGUGCGGGCGACAGGGAAGAUGUACGCCUGCAAGAAGCUGGAGAAGAAGCGCAUCAAGAAGCGGAAAGGGGAGGCCAUGGCUCUGAACGAGAAGCAGAUCCUGGAGAAGGUCAACAGCCGGUUCGUGGUGAGUGUGUGCCUGGCAUGCUGCUGACAUCCCACACACGUCCAAGACUGACUGCUGGCUGCCUUCCUCCGACUUCUGCCCUGCAGUUUUCAUGGGCUUCCCUGGUGUCCUUUGCUAAUGCCCACUGGGGAUGCCUCAUAUAAAAGGAAUCUCCCAAGUUCCAAGGCAGCACAUCUGCAAAAGGUGGUAGGGCUCAUGCUUUGCAUACAAAAGAUAUGAGGUUCAAUCCACGGUAACUCGAGCUGGGUAAAAGACUCCAGUUUGAAACCCCGGAGAGCCACUUCCUUGUCAACGCAGACCAUGUAGGGGUUGCAAGCUGCUCGCAGUACUUGACCAACUUCCAUGCAGCUUGGUGGCAUAAUCCUCUGCUGAAUGCUGCUGGAAAACAGCUGAUCCACACUCCUCAGCUGAUUCCAGGGGUGUGUAUGUGGUGUUAGGGGAGGUGUAUCACCUCUGGUGGGGGCCACAUUGUGCACCUUCUGGGGUAAUUUGUUCAACUUUGGUCCCCAUCCUGCACUCAGCAAUGACCUGUGGCUCCUAGAAGCUGUCAGCAUGCAACAGCGGCCACUGGCCCCACCACGGAACAGCUUCAGCUGGCCGGCUACAUCAGGUGAGGGUAGCCAAUGGGCCACAAACCUUUGGUGAGUUAGGGACCUUCUCCUGCAUGCGAAGACAGGCUCCCAUGGACCGAGUGGACAAGGCCAAGAGUGGUUCCAGUGGUCAAGAAGGCAUGCUGUAGAGGGGACAGAUGGGGCUUGUCAGCCUGGGAAAGGAGUCUGUCUAGGAGAAGGAAAAUUCUGAACCUGAACUCUAAUAUUCAGGAGGAAAAAGGCUAAGGAGUAAACCCUGCACAAAUUUGAAGUCCCAAAGUUGGUUGGAUUGUGCCUUGUACACCUUCUUCUGUUAACUCCAGCCAAGCUGGUGCCAAAUGUAUUGCUCUGCUUUCUUUUGGACCACAUCAGCAAGACUGAGAGGGGGGUCUUGUCCUCGGGGCAGCCCAGGACCUCCAUACACACUGCCCAGGCUUGCGCCCAAAGUUGGUCACUUCGAUGCUGUUAAUGCAGCCAUUUGACUUCAUCCUGAAAUACUUCAUCCCUGGAGGCACACUCCAUUGUCUCUCAAAACAGACGGCUGCCAACAACAGCUGUUUCCAGCACCAGUCUGCUGGGAACCAGAGGGAUGGAUGUCCUGGGACUUCUGACAUCCCACUGUGGCUCCCCACUGGAAGGAGCUGAGGAUCGCAUUAAUCUGUGCACCUCUCAACUCUUUCCUGCAUCCAUCAGCUGGCCAGCAGCAGGAGGCACAUCGCUGAGAUCCCAUUAAGCACCUCCUCUCCCCUGACUGAACCAGUAGGUGGCAGCAAGGCACAGUGUAAUCUCAGUGCACCAGGAGAGAUGGGGGAAAGGGCGAGUGGGACGAGACUGUGUAUGUGGGGAGGGAAUGGCCAGGUGCUUCCCACUGCUGGAUUUGGUCUCUGACCCACUGCCUGCUCAUGCUUUACCCCCCCCCCCCCAGGGGCAAAAAUGGUGCCAACAAUAUUGAGCUAGCUGGACCAGUGGUCUCACAUUGCUCAAGACAGCUUCUACUCCUAAGCCACUUCUUGGGAGGCCUACAGCGAAGAUGGGCUGUUGCCUCCAUGCCUUGCUUCCUGGUGGGGUCUGGUUGGCUGCUGCAUGAAACAAGAUGGUGGGGUGUUUUUGGCCUGAUCUAACAGGGCUCUUCUUCUGCUGCACACCCACAGGUGAGCUUAGCCUACGCGUACGAGACCAAGGAUGCCCUCUGCCUGGUCCUCACCAUCAUGAAUGGAGGCGACUUGAAGUUUCACAUCUACAACAUGGGCAACCCCGGCUUUGACAACGAGCGGGUCACUUUCUACGCUGCAGAGAUUUGCUGCGGCCUCGAGCACUUGCACCGGGAGGGCAUCGUGUACAGGUGAGAGAGAAGCGGUCAGGCUCCUCAGGCUCCAGGAACGCGAGGCGCAUAGAGAGAGCCUGGGAGCAGGGCGAAGGCAGGGGUAAGAGAGGCCUUUCUCAUAGCAUUGCUGACACAGGGCAAGAUGGAGAAACCCUCCAUCUCCUUUGCACGUGUGGCUGGAGGGUGAAAAGUGUCAGCCCAGACAAGGGUGGCAGGCCUGGCAUAUUGGUCCGUGUCUCUCUGGUUGCAUUUUGAACCUGAUUAACAGUCUAUGUCCUAGUAAAUGUGUUUGUGGGAGGGGGGACAUGUUAUUGAUUUGGUUUGUUCUUGUUUUUAUUAUGUAUUUUGUGUUUUAUAUUUUUAUGCGGAGAUCCACCCUGAGAUCUUCGGAUGAAGGGCAAUAUACUAAUACUAAAUACUAAUACUUAUAUUGAGGGACGUGGGUGGUGCUGUGGGUUAAACCACAGAACCUAGGGCUUGCCGAUCAGAAGGUCGGCGGUUCGAAUCCCUGCGACGGGGUGUGCUCCUGUUUUUCAGUCCCCGCUCCUGCCAACCUAGCAGUUCGAAAGCACGCCAAAAAGUGCAAGUAGAUAAAUAGGUACCUCUCCAGCGGGAAGGUAAAUGGCGUUUCCGUGCGUUGCUCUGGUUUGCCAGAAGCAGCUUAGUCAUGCUGGCAACAUGACCCAGAAGCUGUCUGCGGACAAAUGCCAGCUCCCUUGGCCUAUAGAGCAAGAUGAGUGCCACAACCCCAGAGUCAUCCGCGACUGGACCUUAAGGUCAGGGGUUCCUAACACUUAUAUUACUAAUAAUUUUCUCCUCCACCUCCAGUUUUUCAUUCCUCCUCCCACAGUCAGUCGGUGUUCUGUGCCCACUGAGCAUGGUCAGUCCUCAUUGGGCUGUUUUAGGGAUCCCUCCCCCAGCCACUUUUUUGGGGGUUUUUUUUUUUUUUUUUUUUGUACUUCUGCAAACUUUCUCCAGUUUUGCUGAAACCUCCCUGUUGUGCUUGGGUGGUUCCAUUUUGGUCCCAUUAGUAACAACAUUCACAAACUGAACAGUGGAAAUAGAAAGACCCAUAAGCAAAACUUUGUUCCCGUAUGCAGUUGUUACUGAAUCAAGCUUCCUCUGUCCAAAGCAGUGUUUAAAUUUUGCCUUAGUUCCUGGAAACUUUGAGCUUCUUUCUGUACCACAAGGGCUGAACAUUUUUGGGCUCCCCUCCCUGUUCAGGACGCUAAUCUCUUCUAGAGAGCUUAUAAUAAAUUGCUCCCGAGUUGGCAUAAUUGUGUGAGUCUCUGCCUCAUCCACCUGGGACCCACAUUGCCAGGCGAAUCUUCAGAGUGAGGACGUUCCACAGCCUUGGUGCUAUUGCUGAAAACUCUCUGUCUUUCCUGCUCACUCAUUUGACCACUCAUGGUGGUGGCACAAAGAGUAGGACCUCAGAAGCAGGUGGAUUAUGGGAGCAGCUGCUUAUAUCAGAUAUGCUGGUUUAGGACCCACUUGUACAUUCCUCCUCCCCCCCACAAAUAUCCUAUGUGCUUGAAAGGGUUGAAGAACCUUGAACCUAGAAGUUCACCUGUCUACCUGCCUCUCAUUCUGAGUUGUGUCUGUAUCUUUGCUGCAGAGACUUGAAGCCAGAGAACAUUCUCCUGGAUGAUGAUGGUGAGUCUUCUUCUUCUUCUUUGGUGAUCCCUCAUCUACUUGUAAGAUUGUCUUCCAUGAACACGGUUUUAACAGUGAGUACGUAAGUGACUGUGGAGGCCAAUUCAGGAUCCACACAUCUUUCCACAGUGGGGACAUAGGUUUCUGGAUAGAUCAUGGUGAAGGUUUGCCAAGCAUGCCUUCCUCUUAGCAUGUUUCUCCCUUUUGUCCUGAGUUCGAGCAUCUUCAAAGCCCAUGACACCUUUGGUAAAGGCUGUUCUCCAAUUGGAGCGCUCGCAGGCCAGUGUUUCCCAGUUGUCGGUGUUUAUACUGCAUUUUUAAAGAUUUGCCUUGAGGGAGUCUUUAAACCUCUUUUGUUGAGAACUGGAUGCUGAGGCUGCCCUCUGAGGCUCUGGGCCCCAAUUUGCUCGCUGCUGACACAUGUGGCUCACACCAUGACCUCUAUCUCCCCUUUCUCUCUUAUUCCCUAUAGGUCAUAUCCGGAUCUCAGAUCUGGGGCUGGCCAUCAAGAUUCCAGAGGGAGACACCAUCCGUGGCCGUGUAGGAACUGUUGGCUACAUGGGUAUGUAGUCAAGGAAAAUCUCAGGUCUCCUUGCCCUGUGGAGGAGCUGGCUUAGUCCUCUUGGGGUAGCUUUGCAAACCCCUUUUUGCUGAAAGCAGAAGGCAGUCUUACUAUACUAGGAGCCAGGGUGGGUUGGUGGGUGGGUUGCAGUUUAAGGCAAUGAGAUUGAGGAGACCUGAAUUUAAGGCCUGCAGGAAUCCAGGGUUUGGUCAACACAAUUUGAGGAGGAGAAUGGUCUCAGACAAAGGCCUUCCCCAUCACUGGCUUCCCGGAGAGGCCAGAAAUUGAAUCUGGGACAUGUGCUCUUCUAUUAUUUGUCCCCAUCUCUGACUGUUCUUCCCUCUCCAGCUCCAGAAGUGAUCAACAACGAGCGCUACUCCUUCAGUCCAGACUGGUGGGGGCUCGGCUGCCUUGUCUACGAGAUGAUUGAGGGCCAGUCACCGUUCCGCGCCCGCAAGGAGCGGGUGAAGAGGGAGGAAGUGGAGAAGCGGGUUCAGGAGGACCAGGAGCAGUACUCGGACAAGUUCUCUGAAGAUGCCAAGGCCAUCUGCAAGGCGGUGAGCUGGGGAAAGUGAGAGGCUGUGCAAAGCUCUGUCGAAUCAGGGUAGAUGUCCUGGGGUGGGUGCAAGGGAUUGUGGGAGGCAGGGAUGCGGUUUGCCCUACUCUUAUGGAACUGUUUGUCCACUGAUGCUCGCCAGAGCCCAACCCUGCAGGUGUUUUCAGGGCACACAGUGUGAAGCAUUUGUUUCUAUAGGGACUUUAAAGGAAAGGAGAGGGAACUGUAGCAAAACAUUUCCAUAUGGAAUGCUUCUCUCCAGGUCGUCAGCAACUCCAGCACAUUCCUCUUUUUCUGCCCCCACCCAACAGCCUGUUAGUCCUCCUCACUAGGUUAUUUUGGGGGGAGUUGACCACUUCCCCUUAAGUGUUUCUUUGCUUCCUAAAUACUCUUUUUUUGGCGGGGGUAUGUCUGCAAACCUAUAAGCUCCCCCAACGCUUCUGGUCCAUGGAGAUUGCCAUUUUGGCUACACGUAGAUAGGCACUUGCUACCUAAACAUCAGAAACCUGAUCCUGGAAUGCAGUUGGGGCAGUCUCUGGCCGUACGCUUCAAGCAAGGCAGAGCCCUGUUAGGAGUGUAUGCACAAACACUCUGAUUUUUGUUGUUGUUUGAUGUCCUCUCCCUCCACCCUGUCUCAACCGGCAGUGAUGUUUACUGGGAUGCAACAUUCCAAUCUGGAUGUUUGAGGCUAGACUCUGCCAAUAACUCCCUGGCUAGUGGCAGGAUGGGGAGGCAUCAGGGGAAUAAAAAAACCUAAACCAAACAUAGGCAAGGGCCUGUUUGAAACAGAAAAUGUUUUUUACAAGCUGCCUAAAAUGGGGAAAGGCAUCUUUUGUGUAUUUAAUAAACUUAUGUAUUGCCCUUCAAGCGGAAAUGAUCAGAGUAGUUUACAAUGAAAGAUACACAAUCAUUUUAAAGGGAUAAUAGAUUAGAUGUCGUGGGGAGCACCAAGAAGCAGCAUAAAGGCCUUAGAGGAGGAGCAGGAUGCUGCAACAGACAGUCUGAUCCAGCAAGACUCAUCUUACCAUCUUACUCAUCUUUCUGUUUCUUGCUGCUCCUGGCCCUUUGCAUAUUGUUCAGCUCCCAUCAGCCCCAGCCAGCGUAACCAAUGGUCAUUGGCGAUGGGAGUUGUAGUCCAGCAACAUCUGGAGGGCAACAGGGCAAGAGCCACAGCUGCUACCUGGCCAUUUUCACGGCCCAUGGAAAGUUUCUCCUCCGCAAUCUUAUGAGUAGAGCAUUGGUCAAGAGGUGGGGAGCGCUCCUUUGCAAAACAAGCAAGCACCUACCCAGCCUUAGGAACAUAGACUACUGGUCCAUCUAGAUCAGGUUUGUCUACACUGACCAGUAGCAGCUCCCCAGGGGUUUAGGCAGGAGUCUCUUGACCUGGAGAUACCUGGGAUUGAACCCAGGACAUUCUGCAUGCAAACCCAGUGCUCUGCCACUGAGCUGUGGCCUCCCCACAGCCCUUAUGUGUGAUUUAGCAGCCUAAAUUUCACUGCACACCACAUCCCUCCCUGUUCUUACUGAUCGUGGCACCUUUCUGCCUCCCCAGCUCCUGACCAAGGACCCCAAGCAGCGGCUGGGAGGGAAGGGAGACGAGGCCGCCCAGGUGAAGCAGCACCCUUUCUUCAAGACUAUCAACUUCAAGCGCCUGGAAGCUGGGAUCAUGAAGCCCUCCUUUGUGCCAGAUGUAAGUGCAGGCCAAAGUAGGCCAUGGCUGGUUCACGCAUGAGUCCUUUCCAUACAACUGCUCUGCAAAGAAUGGGCUUGUGGCGAGGAAGAGGGAGCAGGUGCUCACAUGCUGCUCUCACUCCUGACCUUGACACAUUUACCUCAGAAGGCCUAAGUGGCCUCUGAUGAGGUUAUCUUAAGGGCCGCCUGCCCAUGCCUUAAGAUUAUCAUCAAGGACCUUGCUUUCUCUCUUGGUUGCCAAGGCCAGCCCUACCGUUCAAUUUAGCAGAAGUUGCUUAUAGACCUCGGGCUUCCAUUUCUAAGAUGUCUCUGUUUCCCUAAGAGCUGGUUCUCUGACCUAUCCUUACCAGGCUUCUGUGACAUCACAGCAGCUCAUGGGAUAUGACACCUUAAGCCAUUUAAUGUCACACAAGCCAUUGUCAUCUUGAUACUUAAGAUCUUGAGACUGGAAACUUAGCUGAGUCUCCACCUUUCUAUCCAACAGCCCCGAGCCGUAUACUGCAAAGACGUGCUGGACAUUGAACAAUUUUCCACUGUGAAGGGUGUCAACUUAGACCAAACCGACAAUGACUUCUAUGCCAAAUUUGCCACUGGCAGCGUCUCCAUUCCAUGGCAGAAUGAGGUGAGGAAUUGGGCUGGGGGUGGGAGGGGAAGGGAAGCCACCGAGGACAGAAGUGAGAGAGGAGACUGACUCUUGGUGUGAAAUAAAAACACCCAGUCACCUUGUCUUUAAAGAUAGGCAUCUGCCUGCCUUCCCAACGCCACUGGCUAUAUCCCCAAAUGCAUGUUCAUGGGGGCUAUAUCUGGCAAACAUUUACUUUAAAAGUCGCUCCUUUUAAAGGGCUAAGAAAGCUCUCUGAGCUUGAUUCCUAUGCUGAUGAAGGGAGCUCAGGAUAAGGCAGUGACAUAUAUUGGACAAUGGUGGUUUAGGGUGGGUUAAGCUACCAUCCCUUCUUUGGGGAUCAGGAUACAGAAGUGUCAGGAAUUUAACCAGGAAUGUUCUGCAAAGGAGAUGCUCUACCGCAGAGCUGCCGGGCUGUUUCCCACUGUUGGAGGUGGGUGUCCAGCUCUGUCUGGGGAAAGCUAACCAAAGGGAGCCUUGGCAGAUAAGCCUGAGGAGUGGUGUCGUGCAGCCCGGUCUCCACUUCCAGAUGUUGCUGCUUCAGCUGACCACCUCUACCACCAAUGGCAUCCUCUUCCUCUUCUCUCUAGAUGAUCGAGACAGAAUGCUUUAAAGAUCUAAACACCUUUGGACCAAACGGCACCCGUUCCCCCGACCUGGACUGGAAGCAACUCCCCGACCCACCCAAGCGUAGCCUCUUGCAGAGGCUCUUCCGGCGUAACGUAAGGCCCACCACUCUUGCGCUCCCUCCAGCCCCUUGCUCUUUUCUUGCCACCUCCACUAGGGAUGGGGCGGGGGGGGGGAGAGAAAUUCGGUUUGCAUUUUCAGCAGGACUCUGAUUAGCACUUCCUGAAACAGCAUGCAACAGCAUGCAAACCGAGUGGAGCAGCCAGCACUUUCCCUGCUUGUGAUUCCUAGCAAGUAGUAUUCAUUAUAUGGGAUGCAAACCAAGUGGGUAAAGGUGAAGAUGGCAGUGGCAGUGGCAGGAUGGGUCCCCGUCCCUCAGAGACCCCUCCAGUAUUCCUGUGCAUUCUGAGAUACCCUUUGCCAGUGUUGGCACAGGUGUACCUGAAUGGCUCUCCCCAGUGCUUUUUUUCUUUUAAAAAUGUUUAGGGGUGCUCUCAGAGAGCCAGUGUGGUGUAGUGGUUAAGAGCAGUAGACCUGUAAUCUGGUGAACCGGGUUCGCUUCCCCGUUCCUCCACAUGCAGCUGCUGGGUGACCUUGGGCCAGUCACACUCUGAAGUCUUUCAGCCCCACUCACCUCACAGAGUGUUUGUUGUGGGGAAGGAAGGGAAAGGAGAAUGUUAGCCGCUUUGAGACUCCUUCGGGUAGUGAUAAAGCAGGAUAUCAAAUCCAAACUCUUCUUCUUCUUCAUUCUGUCUGAGACUCAGGAAACACGUUGACAGGAAAUGAGGCCGCCAUCGGGGGUAGCAACGGAACUGACAAUUCACCGUGCUAGAGAAGAAACUAUUUUUUUUAUAAAAAAUUAGUUUUUCUCCCAUUAGAUUCACAAAAUGUUUAGGGGUAUGCGUAUGCCGGGCUCUCCCUAAAGCUUGCCUCUCGUCUCUGCUUCCUUCCCCGCAGCCAAGUGACUUCACCAUCAGCGCCAACGCAAACUCCAACCUGUCAGCGGCUCCCUCGCCGGCCCGGCCCACAGCACAGGCUCCCUCCUGACCCAGAGGGCCCCUGGAGCCACCACUUGUCCUGUGCCUUCUCAGGGUUGCCUUCGGCACAGCGCUGACACCGGGGCGUCCCCGCGUAGCGCUGGACUCUACUACUGGCUAGGAGGUGGGGCAACACAGCCUUCCGACCGGCAGGACGGGCAGAGCAGCAGCAACAAGCCUUCGACGCCUCCUGGUGCUGACACAGACUGACACCCCCUCGGGGAUCCCCGAGGAUGACUCGGUUACCCCGAAACCAGGCUGCUCCCCACCAGGGUCUUUCCCCUUUGUCCUCCACCCUCUUUUUGCCUAGAGAACCCAUCCCUGUCCCAUGCUCCAUUCUCUCCAUCUCAGCUCCUACCACAACUCAUUAGAGACCACAGGUGUGCCUGGGAGGGGUUUUCUGUUCUUGGAGAUUGUGAAGCCCAAAAAUGGGAAGAGAGAGAGACAGACACAAAGAGUGAGAGAGAAGAGGAACGUCAUCUGGUCAAAGCUGAAGACUUCUUGCUGUUCCACUGGCCUUUGUUUGUGGAGCUGGAAACUCGGAAUGCCAAACGGAGACACACACAAAGGUGUGUAUUAGACAACGGGUUUGUUUUUGUUUAUGGAGCAUUUUUCAGGAAUCCCACCCUCUCGAGACAACUCUAGAGCCUGGGGCUGUGCGCCAAAGGACAGCGGGGGACAAAGAGGCAUGAAGAGCACUCUCAAGUCCCGUUUGGAGGCAUCAACGCAUUAACAAAGGAUCAGCAUUAAAAGUGGUGGAGGUAGACCAUGCUGAGAGUAGCUGUGGACAGUACAUCAGGCCGGAUAACGUAACAGGCCGUCAACAUUUCCAGACCUCACUUUUAACCCCAACCUGCAACACGAAAGGACUCCCUUUUCAUUUUUCCUUACAGAAUCUCCUCCACUGACUUCCUUCUCCUCUCUCUUCUUCUUGUCUCUCUCACUGUCUCCCAUUUCUCCUUCUCUGUCUCCCGUCAAAAGGAGGUUGUGAUACUGCUUGUUAACACACCUGGAUUCGGGUCUCAGCCCAACAUCUGAAUGCCAAUGAAUUAACUGAUUGCAGGUUCUCUGCUGAGUGUGAUUGUGUUUGUGUGUGCUUUACAGCCCAGUCCUGUCUGGGUUUCCCCAGAAGAAAAGCCUACUCUAAACAUGUAGCAGGAUGAGGUGAGGAGGAAAUGACAGGUGGUUGAUAAUAUUCUUGAAUGCUGUGCUACAUUUAAUUAAACAUACCGCACCCCCACCUCCCGCAAAUAGGAAAUUCGCACAGCAGGACAAGGAUUAAAACCUUUGUCUCAGAUGUGCUUCUUUUCUACUUGCAUGAAGGGUUGGGGGGGUGUUUCACCACAGAGGGACAUAAGUCAAUGUCAUCUGAAGUGGCACAGUCUACUUAACCACCUCAGGAUUCCACCAGCUUGUUCUGUUUAAAAUGGGCCUGGGAACUGAUUUACGUUGUGAUCACAGCUUCUCUUCUCUCCCACCUCUACAUGUAGUAAGCUAGCUCAUCAGUGAGCAAGGAAGUGUUCAGAAGAGGGCAAACAACUGUGUGAGAUGCAGGUGCCCCACCCACCCUGCCACCUGACCUGCUCCCCAAGUGAGCAAGCAGUGAGCCAAGCAAGGAAUCAAACCUUCCACACACACCUUGCUUGCUUCCCCUCUGUGGGGGGCGCAAGUUGGGCCCAUAGAGAGAAAGAGGCCACAAAAUUCAGUCCAGGGGCCAACAGAGUGCAUGGGUUCUAUUAGAGGUAAAAGCUGAGGUGCCCCCCCGCCCCACACACAAAAAAAGCUAGAGCACUGUAUCCAAAUAACUUUAACCAGUGCUUUUUUUCUUUAAAAAAAAUGUUUAGGGGUACUCUCAUUUUCCUACUCGUAUUGAAAUGCCGUCCCUCAAUGAGGCCAAACAUAAAUUCACAAAAUGUUUAGGCGUAUGUGUACCCCUGCAUCCCCCCAGAAAAAAAGCACUGACUUUGCAAUUAGUAGACCAAUUAGUGGACCAGAUCCAUUGCAAUUAGUAGACCAAAGUUAAGCAUAUCCGUUAUUUUUAAUGGGUCUGCUCUUAGUGGCAUUCUGACGCUGAAUGCCACUGCAGGGCCUUUGCUUUCCAAAACAACUUGCAAGGCGACCAGAUCCAGUGCGUUGUGCUUGAGGCCACUGAUUUUUGCGAAGGCUGAGGGAAGAUAGAUCUAUUUAGACCCAGCUAAACCCAGAAUUUCUCCUCUUUAUCUUAUCAUUUUGCUGUUUUGUGACCUGCUGUGCAAAGUGUGGAACUUGGUUUCACCCCACUCGCUUAGCAACAGAUCUGGCCUUGGGGCAGGAAGGACUUUCCGAGUGAAGUGCCAGGGAGAAGUGCCAGCUCCCCGGCAGUUAGCCUUGGGCACAGGAGCUGCGCUCUGGUUUUUCAGAGUGAUUAUCUCCCUGCUGCAAAAUGGGGGGGGGGGAGGCAGAAUCACUAUCUGACGGUGGCGGGGGGGGGGAGCUGGGGUGCUGCAGAGACUGUGAGCUUUUCAGUUUUUUAUUUAAAUAAGAAAAGCAGAGAUCACACACACAUGCACUGAAACCUCACACCAUGGCAAACCCCAACAGAGAGUUUGCAUCUUAAAGGUCUUGGCACCUGUGGGGUUUUUUGGUGCUGGAAAUACAGAGGCAAUGGGGUGCUAUGACACCCCCUGCAAGCAAAACUUCCCCCUCCUAAGGCUGAUUGCCUGGGCCAGUUCUGUGCUUUUGGCAGCCAUACGUCAUGGAGGGAUUUUUGUUGUUGUUGCAGCAGUUCUGUCUUGGAGGUAGAGCAACAGACUUCAACCUUGCGUGGUUAUUAAAAUGUGCAAGUUCGGGUGCCUUGAAAUCAGGCUUCCUCUCUUAAGUAAGUGUGUCUCCCCUUCUUUUGGCUAGUUUCCCAAGGGUCAUGAGGAUGCAUGCAGGUUAUUGCCCUCUCCUGACUUAUCAAAGGAGGGGGCUGUUUGCAUCCCCACUAGAAUGUUCUCUGCUCUAUUCCCCCCCCUUUUUUUGCUGGCCCUGCCAAAAUCAGUGCAGUCUUCUGGGUAUGGGGCAGAAAAAUCUGCAUUAAGCCAGCUGACUGGCCACCCCUGUUUUGUAGCUUGCUCUCAAACGAGUCAGUUUAUAGCAGGAACCUUUGAUCCUCCGGAUGUUGCUGGACUACAACUCCCAUCACUGUUGGUCAUACUUGCCAGGACUGAUGGGAGUUGUAGUUCAACAGCAUGGGGGGGGCAGAGGUUCCCUACACCUGAUGUAGCUCCUGCAGUUUAAAAAGCAGUUUGAUCUGCGAUGCACCUGCUGGGCGGCUGUCCGCCAGGGAUGAUGUAGCAAUUGCAAGGGUUGGACAAGGGGACCUUGGAGGUCCUUUCCAACUUUUUGGUUCCAACACAGACUCACCACAUGGUGAAGGUUUGCAUGCCUGAGCGCAGGAGUUGUGGUAAGAGGGUCCAGAUGCACACCCCACAUUCCCAGAUUGUGGCAUAACUGCCCUAAACUCAGGUAGGUAGCCGUGUUGGUCUGCCGUAGUUGAAACAACAACAAAAAAUUCCUUCCAGUAGUACCUUAGAGACCAAUUAAGUUUGUUAUUGGUAUGAGCUUUGGUGUGCAUGCACACUUCUUCAGAUACACUGAAACAGAAGUCACCAGACCCUUAUAUAUAGUGAGAGGGUGGGGAGGGGUAUUACUUAGAAGGGUGGUGGGAAUGGGUGAUUGGCUGAUAGGUGUGGUAAACCUGUGGAGAAAGUGUGGCAUAGUUUCCUUGCAUAUUCAGUAGGAUAAGUGGAUUGUAGAGGGUUCUUAAUUCCAUGACCCUUAGGUAUAAUGUCCAGGUUCUUGCCUUUAGUCAGAAAGAAGAUGUCAGUCUGUACCUGUGCAAGUUUCUUGGUGAGGUUGAUGGACUUCCAUUUCAUGCGGCUCAAGAGAGCUGAGUGGGGGGUGCUUAUGUAAUCUCACUGUAUACAAGUUGUACAAGUGACAAUAAAGUAUUUCAAUUUCAAUUUCAAUGUGGUGCCUUCCAUAGUUCUAGUUACAGGUAGGUAGCCGUGUUGGUGACUUCUGUUCCAGUGUAUCUGAAGAAGUGUGCAUGCACACGAAAGCUCGUACCAAAAACAAACUUAGUUGGUCUCUAAGGUGCUACUGGAAGGAUUUUUAUUUAUUUUUUGCCCUAAACUCAGGUAGAUUACCCUUUGUUGUAGCUAGGAGGAACAAGCCUGUGGCUUUUACCUGGAGGUUUCAGCACCAUGCACACCUGUGAUUCCUGCAUCGGUCCGGAAAUGUCACCCCCUGGUUCUAGGCUGAAAUAAAGCGGGGAUCAAUGUGGAUUGACAUAACAGAAAAGGGAAGCUCUGAGUUAGGAUUAUGAUAGGGUGCUUUAAGGAUUUUUUAAAGUGUCAGAGGUGUUUGCAGGUAGAUGCUUUAGGGUGUUUUGAGUUCCUUUCUCUUUGUAUUCCUUACGGCUUCAAUUCCUCUACACACACACUUGGGCUGAGACAAGGCCUGGAUAGUUUAUGAAACCUGUUGGAUGCCGUCCUCAACAGAACAACAAUGCAUCUUUCAGUGCGUGUCAGAAGUUGGGCAUAGAAGUCCAUACAGUGAGGAUAUGUAUUUUAGAGUAUUCCAACCAAUGGGCAACUUUCCAGACUUCUUCUACGCCUCUCUGCCAAUCACUGCCAGAUUUGAGUUGGGUGGGUGGGUGGGUUGUACAUAUGAGAGAGAGACUUCAAUUGGGAUUAUCAUCCAAAAAAUAAAAUAAAAAUAAAUGCCUUUUCUAAAUUGCCAAAAUGGAAAUUGUAGGUCUCUGUGGGUACCCCCGGCUGCACAGAACAAGAAGAUGUUCCAAAAGAAUGCAAACAGGAGCUUAUGGGGGCAUCCCUGCAUUCCUCCAGCCAUCCUGGUCCACCGUGUGAUGUUCAUACAUGUCAAAUGAAGAACCUUGAGUGACACCCGCACCUCACAUUUAAAGCACACUUUAAAAAUCUUGGGAGAAGCCUGCAAACUGCAGGUUGAUAAGGCUGCUAUGAAUUGUAGGUCUGUGAGGUCAUCAGCACCCAUAACCCUUCCUGGGAUUUCCGGGGGAAACCACGACACUUGGAAGUGGAACAGGAGAGCUUUAAUUGCGUGGUGUGGGUGAGAUCUCUUCUCUCCCCAAAAGGAAUUCUUGUGGGUCUGGUGAUUCUCUGCACCCCAGACAGAUCUCCACAAAAGGACAUUGACAUCCCCCGCUUUAUAUUUCCAUCACUCUUUCCUUUUGCAUCCAUGUAUUUAGGGUUGGUUGUUGCAGGAUAUAUUAUUUUUUUAUUAUUAUUUUCCUUUUUCACUGUUUAUUUCUGAUUCUGGUGCAUUUUGGUUUACAUUUUGGCUUUUUAUUUUGUACAGUUGUAAAUAUUUGUAUGUUGAAUGCCUAGGUGUACAUUUUUAAGCUUUAAAAGCUGCAAGCCAAGCCAUGUGGUCAUGUUACCCAGAUGUUGCAGGGAUGUUUUUCCCCCUCUUUUUAAUGGGGGAAUGUUGGGGGUGGGGGAAGAUUCAGCUUCUCUAAGUGAAGGGUGGGUAUCACUUCAUCCCAGUUGGGUGGGGAGGGAAGGGGUGAGAAAGGAAAUUACAUCAAUGAACUGGGCUCCCCCCCCCCCCCCGAUUUUAAAAUUUCUUUACAGAACAAUAUAUACAGUAGGGUUAUUGGGGAGGGGGGGUUCUCCUUGUUACUUAUUCCCAGGGCUGUGUGUAAUCUGCACUGAAAAGAAAUAAAUAAAACAAUGCACCA